CUCAUCUAUCCCAGCUGCUUAGUAUGGCGGCGGCUGUUGCUGCCGUCCCUGUACUGGAGUCUCCGCCGCCCGAAGCGGAUGGCAGCCAGGCCGAGGUAGACAAUGGAAACACAGCGGCAGCGCCUCCUCCCGCACAGCCACAGAAACAGGCCCGGCUGCCCCUGUCCCGGGUGAAAACUCUGAUGAAAGCUGAUCCAGACGUGUCACUAGCCAGCCAGGAGUCUGUGUUUAUCAUCAGUAAAGCCACGGUGAGAGGGAGCCAUUUAUUAAUGUAUUACCGGGUGUGGGGUCUCCUGGACAGUAUACACUGCAGGCAGAUCCUCUAUACAGCAAGCUGUUAUAUGGAUAAAUAAUUUAUUAUUGGAUAAUCCUGUAAUACAAUGCCUUAGCUCAGUAUGCCCUGGAUUAGGGUUUCCUUAUGUUAAGAGAAGUGGGUGCAGAUCCCAAAAAGAAUCCUGUCCUAUUACUGAGAGUGACUCUCUUACCCCCCACACCCAUCACCCCAGUGACAGCUAGUGCAGCGACUUAUAAAAUAAUAGAAUAAAUGUGUACUUUAGUUUUGGAACGUUCUAUUCGUGCUUGGGACUUGUCAUGGUGAUACUUGUAUUGUAGGCUUGCGUAAAAAUAAAAACUGGUGUUACAUUAAAUGGCUGGCUGUGUUUUUGUGUAAAAUGUGUCUACAGCAAUUCUAAGGCUUUUGUGGGGAACUUAAUUUUAAAUCAGUAUGAGGUGACAGGAGCUGAGAAACUGCACACAAAUAUUUGACACAAAUCAUUUUGAAGACUGGCUGGGCUAUAACUGUAACAAACCCUCUAUAUUUUGUAUAUUUAUAUCACGGUUUGCAGAACAGAAAGAAAUAGUUAGGUGUUUUAGCGUAGUUUUUCAAAUGAUAUGUGAAGUUAAAUAUAUUUUAAAGGUAAAAGAUCUCCCAUCACCAUCGAUAGUUUGUAGGUGAAACUCAGCACUCUGAGAUGCUGGCUGUAUGAUGUGUUCAACCUGCACUAGCAAUGAAAAAGUUCACUUGCACUUAAUGAUGUCCCCAUGUGAAGGGGAUUACCAUAUCGGUGGCUUCCUUUUGGAAGGCUUUUUCUUUUUUGACUAGUAGAGAGAAGGCAUUUUCCUGGCUCUGAUUACCUUUCUCUGUUUCUGUAACAGGAAUUGUUCAUUGAAACUAUUGCCAAGGAUGCUUUUAUAUAUGCUCAACGUGGAAAGAGGAAAACCCUACAGCGGAAAGAUCUAGGUAAGCUAAAAUUGUGGUCUGUAUAACAAUUUCCUUAUUAAAGCGGCACUGUCAGUUUGGAUACUUUGCUGAAUUCACAAAGUCCCCGAUGGUUGUCACUGCUGGUGGCCAAGUAAAAGUGAGUUUACUUACCUAAACCUGUCCUUAGCGGUCGUCACCAUCUUGGGGUCCUCCUCAUUCCUGAUGUCACUGCAGGAUCCUCCAUAGAUUUAGCCAAUUCCCUGCAACUGUUACUGAUGACAGUAACUGUUACUAGGUGUUCUCUUUGACUCCGACCUCUCCUUCAAGACUCAUGUUCAAUCUAUCGCCAAAUCCUGUCAUUUCCAUCUCAAAAACAUUGCGUGCUUCCUCCCCUACUUAACGCCAGAUGCGACUAAGAUGUUGGUCCAUUCCACUGUCCUUUCUCGCCUUGACUACUGUAAUCCGCUUCUCAGUGGUCUUACGUGCCCCCAACUUGCGCAGUUAGUCCAUAAUGAAUGCGGCAGCGAGGCUCAUCUUCCUGUCCGCCCGCACCUCCCAUGCCUCACCCUUCUGUCAGUCCCUACAUUGGCUUCCUAUAAAAUAUAGAGCUCAAUUUAAAAUUCUGGUUCUUGCUUUCAAAUCUCUACAUAAUGCUGCUCCCACCUAUCUAUCCUCCCUUAUACACAAGUAUGUCCCGUCUAGGCCCUUACGAUCUGCUGAAGACUUACGUCUAUCUUCUGUCCGUACUCCCACCUCUGAUGCUCGCCUUCAAGAUUUCUCGAGGGCUGCACCGUUCCUGUGGAACUUGCUUCCCUCCUCCGUUAAAUGCUCACCCAGUCUCCACUCCUUCAAAGAAUACGGGGGACCACACUUUUCCUCCGCAUUUCAGAAGUGUUGCAAAUGAUGACAAAAUGUUCAACAAAGGCUUUAAGUGUCUAUAACUUGUACAGACUAGUAAGUUGCUGAAAGAUGUCAAUUGAAACUAAACUAUACAGUACUUAUUUCUCUUUGCAGAUAAUGCAAUAGAUGCGAUUGACGAGUUUGCUUUUCUGGAAGGUAAGUGCAUAGUUCUGUUUUAUUUUUAUUUUUAAAUCCUAUACAACAUUUAGAUUUUUGGAAGCUGAGAAAAUGGCUCUUAGUUUUGUGAUGGAAAGUGUAUGUAUGUAUGUAUGUAUGUAUUCGUAUAAGAUCCAGCACACUCACUCCUUCACUAAAUUGCAACUUCAAACCUCAGAAUGUAACCGGGUUUUCUUAUAUUCAAUGUUUUUUUUUUUUUUUGUUUUUUUUUUUAACACCUGACUUAAAAUAUUUGGGAUUCAGUUACCCACUUGGCAAAUCCUUCCUCCUUGUGCAGUGCUAAAUAAUUCAUUUUCCCCUUCCUUCCCCAUUUGGAUACUGGCAAUACUACUGCAAAGAUUUUCCUUGCAUUAUCUGUCCAGGACAGGCAUCUUUUGUCUAAAAUCUUGAAUAUAACAGAACUACCCUGAAACUGAUCCCCUAUUCGGUAUAAAAACUGUACCAACCAGAGGAGACUGCAUUUUCUGUCUGUCCUUACAGGGAAUAGGUCUAGAAAGAAAUGACUCAGUGUGAGUUAAAUCUGCAGGGGCACAGACUAGGGCAGCGGUAGUCAAGGUUUUGUGCUUGCUGGGAGGCCGUCUCAUCGUUAAUCCGUCAGACUAUGGUGGUGGCUCCUCAAUGGCUGCAGAGCCUAUUUAAAACACACAAUGGAAUUGCAGAAAUGGCGUGCGUUCCACGGAUCUCUAUCCUCACUUCUUCUUACAGGGCUGAAACAAGAGAAGGAUCUUGCAGACUGGCUACCCGGAGUGGAACGCAUGGUGUUUGUGGCCCACGGACAAUACACUUCUUCCUGUUCCCACAGGUUUCCCCUUCCUCGCAGUAAAAAAAAAAAAGCUACAAAUGUAAGCUCUUUCCAGCGUGACCUUCUUGAGAUGAAGUAGUCUGGAUGACUAUAAUGUUAAUUUUAAGAAGACUUUUAAGCAUCUGCUGUAUAAAACACUUUUCACAGGUUUUCCUGUAGUAAGCGUUUUAAAGAAUCUGGCUAGAAAAGGCAUUUAAGAAGAAUUCUGAUGAAGAUCCUGAUCUAUUUCAAAAUGGCUUCCGAAUUCCUCUGUGACACUAGUGAAAGUGUUUAUCAGCAAGAAUCGUAAAAAGUAUACUUUCCUUGGUGGGAAGAAGAGCAGUGUAGUUCGACGAAUGAUCAGCAGAUGCUUCUUCCAAAAAUGCACUGUGGUAUAUGCCCUUUGAACAGGGAUGCAUUUUCGAAUCCUUUUUACAAGAUUUAUUAAAGGCAAUGACAGAAGGAAAGCAGGUCUUUUUCAGGACAAGAAGCUUUAUUGGAACACAGAAUUAUUCUGUGGAUGUAGUUGGUAGGAAUCUUUCUUUCAAAGGAGAUAUUUUGGCUCCAUUAAAAAGCAUAAACUUCAAGACAAAAAUCUAAGGCUAGCCACGCAGGAAAACUGACACCAGACAGGUAGGGGGAAGACUACCUCUAAUUAUAAAAAAUAGAAUGCGACCAUCUUACUCUAGAAUCUUUCAUUUUGUUCAAUAAUUCAUUCUACAGAGAUAAAAUAAACUCUUUACACAGUUGUUGCAGACCUCAUCAAAAAUGUCAUAGAAAGUGUUGUGAAAGACAAUAUCGAGGAGCCUAUAAAAAAAGUAAAUGGAUGAGAAGUUCAUAUUGGCAACUAUCCAUAUCAUCUAAGAUUUACUAGCUUCCCUAUAUUUAAAAGAUGCCUACCUUCACAUUCUCACUGUAUUUCAAUGCACACGAUUCCUAAGACUUAAAGGGAUACUACAGUCACCAGAACUACAGCUUAAUGUAAUCGUUCUUGUGUAUAUAGGCACUUUGCAGCCUUUUUGCAGUAAACAUAAAAAAGGCAGUGUUUACAUAAAAAUCUAGGGACACCUUCAGUGGCCACUCCUCUGGUCACUGAAAGUGCUUCCUGUGGCAGUGUUCAGCACGGACGUUCAGCGUCUCCACCCUCUGCACGGAGACACUGAACUUUUCUCAGAGAUUCAUUGAUUCAAUUCAUCUUUUGAGUAGAUGCUGAUUGGCCAGUGCAGCAUUGGCCCCGCCACCAUGAUGAUCUCAGCCAAUCCAAUGCUUUUCCGCAUUAGAUUGGCUGAAAUCAUUUCUGAUGUGGAUUGGGGGCGGGGCCAGCACCCGCAGACCCUUGGAGAGCUGGAAAAUGGCAAGUUUUAACCUUUUCUAAGGGAGCAAGCCACCUAAAGGGUAGUUUUAACACUAGGGUCAGAUAUACAUGCUUUAAGAAAAGGGAAAUUUAAUGUUUGCCUUUAAUUCAGGGUGUUGCCAUUUGAUUUCUUUUUCACAAGAUUAUGCACCAAACAUCUGGUAGUCCUUACAGGUUUUCUGAGAAAGGUAUACAACUGUCUUCUAAUUGCAAAAUCAACAGAACUAAAAGGCAAUGACUGUUUCCCCUCUCCUAGAAGAAGUAUGUAGUAUCUUGGACAGAAAAAGAAUUAUAAAUGAAACUAAAAAUAAAAAAUUAAACUAAAAACUACCAGUCGGUGUCACCAGAGAGGUAAGUAAUAGGUUAUGCAAAUGGAGUCUUAUGUCUAAUAAUAAAACUUACCUUUUAAUAUAUCUAUAAUCAUAAAAUAUAUAGCAAGAAGUAUUAAAAUAGGGUAAGUAGACCUUAAUUCUGUCUGUGAAAUUCCAGUACCGAUAAAGUAAAAUGUUUAAACUGUCAUUUAAUAUACUAAAGCAAUAUAGGUCUGUAUUGCUAUAGAAGAUGGCCAGUGGGUUCUUCUACACUGCUUUCUGAAGUUUUUGAAGCAGAUGGAUACAAACUAUGCUUUAUUGAGGAUAGAUUCCUCGUAUUAUGUUCAGCCCUUACACAGAGACCGGUUAUAGUUCUAUGCUGCUACUUUGGAUACAUUUCUAGUGCUGUAUAUUUAGCCAUUACAAAGUAGCAGUUUAUAAAUAACUGUAGUAUGAGGUCUAAAUACACCUAAAUGCUCGUGCAGAUAGUUAAAGAUUGUCAAAUAGUUGUUAGCAUUUUAAAGUAAUAUAAAUCUAUAUCACUAGAGAAAGUAGCCAGUAGGUGAGCCCUCAGGUGCUUUCUUACGUCUUGUAAAGCAGAUGUAUUAAACUUUGUUUAUUUUAAAGGACCACUAUAGUGCCAGGAAAACAUACUCGUUUUGCUGGCACUAUAGUGCCCUGAGGGUGCCCCCACCCUCAGGGACCCCCUCUCGCCGGGCUCUGGGGAGAGGAAUGGGUAAACCUCACCUUUCUCCAGCGCCGGGCGAGGAGCUCUCCGCCUCCUCUCCUCCCCUUUGGCUGAAUGCGCAUGCGCGGCAGGAGCUGCGCGCGCAUUCUGCCAGUUUCAUAGGAAAGCAUUCAUAGAUCAGUUGUCUAUUUUUUUUUUUUAUUUUUUUUUGGUGUGUGUGCUUUCUGUCAAGACUUUUGUAGUUUCCACGACUACUAGUGGAUAUCAUUCAGACAGUAACUUGAGGCUCUGGAUUAAAUUACUGAUCUAUCUAAUGUCUGGAAUAGGCAUGUAAAAUAUGCUGUUCCUUCUGUCCAUGAAGCUUUGUAUUGAUGAAUCUCGACUGUCUCCAGUGCUUCAUCUGACUUGGAUAACAGACAUCAGGAUGAAUAUCACUCAGCAGUGAGGAAUCUGUCCCAGAGCUGCAAUAAAAAUAAGUGUCUAAAUGUUUUGUGUGUGAUGGUUGGUGGUUUUUUAAUUUUUUUUUUUUUUUUUUUUAUUUAUAGAGGGACACAUACUAUUUUAUAACUUUAAUUUUUCUUUAAGCAACAAGAGACUUUAUUAAGUGAAUUGAUUCAUUUGAGUAUUUUUGUUUGUAAAAUACAAUGUCUUUCAAUUUAAGCAAAGUGCUAAAUGUUCUGGUUUUGUUUUUGUUCUUUUAAGGUACUCUAGAUUGACCCUGGUUGGACAUGGCAUUGACAUAAACCCGCCUUAUGGCAUAUUGAGGAACAGCAGAAUUGUAUUUUGUUUUACAUUCACCACUCUAGAACAAAUGCUUUGUUUUUUCAUGAUUCAUGCCAUAUUGUAUAAUAUGUAUAUAAUUGUGUUUAUUAUAAAAUGGUAAAAUAUCUUAAACAUGACUCUGCUUUAUUGGUAAAUUGUUUUGUGUUUAAUGUGCAGUUCUUUGCUAAUCAAUAUUAGUCUGCUACAAUUUGAUUCACUUCACAUAUUUGGCAAAGAUAAUCAAACUGAAAUGCCAGCUAGUUUUGGGGCUAUAUUUGCUUAACCCUUUAACCCCUUAAGGACCAAACUUCUGGAAUAAAAGGGAAUCAUGACAUGUCAAACAUGUCAUGUGUCCUUUAAGGGGUUAAGGAUGGAGGCAAUUGUCCAACUUUGGACUAAGAUUCUCUUUAAACAUUUUGUAGACAUUUUAGGAGUAUUCUGCUGACGGGCUAUUAAAGUGCUGUAGAUUCACAGGUAGUUAACCCCACCCCUUAAGGACAGAGGCAAUAGUCCAACUUGUGAACAAAACCUAGAAUUUGUGUUGUCUGUUCCGUUUAUAUAACUAUAUAGUGUGUCCCUUCGCACAUUUUGCACAUAAGUUAAAAUUUAAGGUGCACCUCAUGAAAAAAAUUCAAAAUAUACAAUUUAAACUUUUUGUAGUGAAAGCUAAACCUAUAGCAGCUUUAGUUUUACACUUACCAUAAUCUUAUCUCUACACUGUCAAACACUAAAACAACGCUACUACUGAGGAAUUUCCCAGCUCAUAGUACAGCUAGAUGUAUGGGAAAGCUAUGGUGCCAGGAAAACAAGUUUAAAAAAAACCCUGUUACUAUUGGGGCUCUUCAAAAUGGAUCAUGUUUAUAAUCCUCUUAUCUUUUAGAGUGUAAAGUUCAAUGGCUAGAUCACGGGUAGGGCCGCCUUUACCUUUUUGUGUUGGUCUGUGCCUAUUGUAUGUUCUACCGCCCAUUGUACAGCGCUGCGGAAUGUUGGCGCCUUAUAAAUACCAGUAAUUAAAAUUAAAAAUUCUAAAAUAUAUAAAUUUUAAAAAAAGGGCUGAUACAAAGGCACAAUAGCGUCUUCAAAUUGACUAAAGUUUGCACCUGUUUACUAAUGAAAUGGUCUAGUUAUCUGUGCUUUAGCACUUAUACAGGUCCUAUUCAGUGGGAUGUUUCCUCGUCUUUAACCCCUUAAGGACACAUGACAUGUGUGACACGUCAUGAUUCCCUUUUAUUCCAGAAGUUUGGUCCUUAAGGGGUUAAACAUCAACUGAGCUUGCACUGAAAUGCACUUCUAAGGGUAUUAACUAUGUACUUUAACUGAAGAAAUGGUGGGGAAAAAGAAAACAAAACAUCUUGCUUAAGAUACAUAUCUCUUGUGUGCAGCCUUUUCAAAAGACAAAUAUGCUGUGGCUGUUCAAUUACAGACUUCCCAGUAUAGCUCAAAAGAAGUAUUUGCCAGGCAGGUGCUCUGGAAAAUUGCCUGCUUCUUGAGUUUUGAUCAACUGAGGUAUGAUUGCUUUAUUAACCCCUUAAUGACGAGUGACUGGCAAGGUGCGUCACUCAGGGGAAACCCUUAACGACGAGUGAUGGACCUUGUCCGUCACGCGGUAAAAUUAACGCCAGAUCGCCGUGAUCAUGAGGUUAAUGGUGCUCCGGUCUGCCUCUGUAUUAGAGGCAGACCGGGAGCACCUGAGAGUGCUGACAUAGUAUACUUACCUUCCGCCUCCCUGCACUUCUUCCUGGUUCUGGGAGACUGAUCAGUGAUGAUCCUGCCCCCUGUUAAAAAAAUAAAGUUAAUUUUAAAUCCCACCCCCCUUACCCAUUUUAUUUAACUCCUUCCCUGCCAAUUGAUCACUGACUACAGUGAUCAAUUGGCAGGGAUUACAUUUUAUUAUGAUCUAUAUAUUUUUUUUUUUUUAAACCCUCGGGGUUAAAUUUAUUUUAUUUAACUUAAGUAUUUUAAAAUUAUAAAUUUAGCUAGCUGGGUGGAAGUUAGUGGGGGAUUUGGUGUUAGGCUAACUAGGGGUUAACGUUAAAAAAAAGUUUUUAAAAAGCUGUAAUAACAAAGUAAAAAAACCACCCCCCCUUUAGCCAGUCCAAAUAAAAAUUAACCCCUUCCGUGACAGUCGAUCACUGCCUACAGUGAUCAAAAUACAGAUCACAUUAUUAUACUGUUAUCUAAUUUUUUUUAACCCCUGACGAUUAACUUUUUUUUUUUUUUUUUUGAACCCUCAGGGGUUCAAUUUAUUUAACUGAUUUAACUAUUUUAUAAUUAUAUAUUUUGCUAGCUGGGGUGUGUGGGAGUUAAGGGAAAAUGGGGAAUUUACUGUUAGUGCUGCCUAAUGCUACCUGGGGGUUAACCGUAAAAAAAAAGCUUACAAAAAUUUUAAAUCUAUAUUUAAAAAAAAAGUGUUAAGGAAAGAUUAAAAAAAUUAAUAAACAAAAGUUUAAAAAGUAAAAUACAUUUAAAAACGCUCAUCAUUACACCUGGAACAAACUAGAGGAAAAAUUAUCCCACGCCAAGGUUCAAAACAUGCCUUUUGAAUUACCCCAGGGUGUAUUCUUUAAUAAAUAGUAUGGGUUUGUGGGGAAGUUUCAAUAACCAACCGUCUAAACUACUCCAAAUUGGAACAUGGACACAGCGUAAAACUUCAGUUAGAAAAAAAAAACUGGCUGCGUCUCAAAUGUGCCCUUUCAACAUCCACAUAUACCUGGCAAAGGUACAAACGGGGGUAUUGCUGUACUCAGACCACAUAGCUGAGCAACAUAUGAAGUAUUAUAGUUGUAGCACACAUAAAGUUUGCAAAAUAUACUGUGCAAACUCACUUUGUGUGUCAAAAAGGCAGAAAAAACGCUUAUUACCACUACACCUGGUACAAGCUAGCGGAAAAAUGAUCCCACGCUAAGGUUCAAAAUAUGCCUUUUAAAAUACCCUGGGGUGUCUACUUUAAGAAAUUCUAGGCCUUUGUGGGGUAGUUUUGAAUUUAAAACCUGCAAAGAUGCUUGGAAAUUGCACAUAGGCCCAGCGUCAAAAUUCAAAGUUCGGUAGAAACUGAUAUGGCUUGGUCUCCUAUAUGGCACUGUAGCUUCACGAAAUAGUGCCAAAGACAUUCAUUGGGGGUUUCUUUUUAUUCAGAAAACUUAGCUGAGCAUAAUUUGGGGGUUUGAACUUAGUGGCAGAUAUGAAAUAUACAAUAUGCCCAGCAAAAAUGCAAUCUGUAUGUAAAAAAUGCACAAAAUUAUUUUUUACCACAUACUUUGGCAUAUAUUGGUGAUAAAAUGGGGGCAUGUUAAGGCACAAUAUGCACUUUAUGAGAUACCCUGGAGUGUCUACUUUUACAAAUGGUAGGCAUUUGUGGUUUUUUUUUGAACAGUCAAACUACUAUAAAACCCCAAAUGGAAGCAUAGGCUCAUUAAAUCCGUCUCUCAAAAUUCUACUGUGAAUACUGAAAAGGACAGGUAUCCUAUAUGGCACUGUAACUUCACGAAAAAGACAUACAAUGGUGGUGUCAUUUUACUCAGCAGAUGUAACUAAACACAAAUUAAAACUUUGUACAGGAAUAGCACACCAACUUUACAAAAUACACGUGAGAAUUUCUUUUAUUAGUUUGUGUGCCAAAACCCCCAAAAAACUCAAUUUUACUCCAAUAUUUAGCAGAGGUUGGCGGUAAAAUGGCUACGUAGAAAGUGUCAAAACAACCUUAGGUAAAUAGCCUGUGAUGUCUACUUUAUAUAAAUGUAUACUUUUGAGUGGCAAUUUUCUUUUCUUUUAUGGCUAUUAAGCUUACAAGACAAAUAUACCAAAUUCUAAAAUCGCUCCACAUUAAAAGUUUAUUUUACUCCUUGUGCUUUGUGACCUGUAACUACCAAAAAAACCUUAACAUCCCAGACACAUUAUAUGUUCUGUAAAUCAGAACAACUAAAUGAAUUUAUUUUUAAUUACUUUCCUUAACCUGCACUAAUUGUGCACACAUUAUUAUUGCAAAAACUGUAAAAAAAAAAAAAAACCCACAAAAGUUUUUAAUUUAUUUUGCAUUUUUCUGUAUUUUUUAUAAUAAGCAUAUAUAUAUAUAUAUAUAUAUAUAUAUAUAUAUAUAUAUUUACAUCAAAUUAAAGGCCUUUCUAUACUUUAAAAAACGGUAUAUAAUAUGUGUCGGUGCAAUAAAUUAGUAAAAUGUAAAUUGCUGUUGAACGCAAACAGCAAAAAAUUACAAAAAUGCUGUUGACAUUAAGUGAAAUACAAGCUUUUGAAGCUCUGUCCUUAAGGGGUUAAAAGUGCCAGUUAAUAUUGAAAUCUGUACUUUUUGUAAAAUGAGAAAUUUAAUUUGGCACAAAUAUAUUUUAUAAAUAUACGCUUUGCUGAAUGCACAUUGUCUGGGGCAAUACCUGAUUUCCUGGAGGGUAUCACUUCCCUGAGCCCAGCACGAGUGACUAAUUUAUGCUUCACAUAAAUUAUUUAUAAAGCACUAACAAAUUCGGCAGUGAUAUACAAUGGGUGGGCGAACAAAACAAUUACUUGUAACCAGACGAGUGUGACACACAGGAACAGAGGGGUUGAGGGAUUUGCUCAGUGAGCUUACAUGCUAGAGGGAGUUGGGUAUAGUGACACAAAAGGUAAGGUAUGGUAGAAAAGUAGGUUGCUAGAAUAUUAUUCACUAUAUGACAGGAGCGGAAUCAUGGUGCGGGGCUAAGCUAUUUUAAUUUAUAUGCUUUCCUGAAGUGCAUUUUCAAUAUUUUUAUUUUUUUUAAUUGAUACUGGGUGAACGUCUAACAGAAGGAAAGGGAGUUCCGUAGGAACGGUGUGGCCCUAGAGAAGCCUUGAAGGUGAGCAUCAGAGUUAGGCGUACAAACAGAGGAUAGAUGUAGGUCUUUGGCAGGGCAAAGGGGCCUAGAUGGGGACAUACUUGUGUUUUUAGGGAGUAUAGGUAAGUUGGAGCAGCAUUAUGUAGAGAUUUGUAAGCAAGAACCAGAAUUUUAAAUUGAGCCCUUUAACCUAUGGGAAGCCAAUGCAAGGACUGACAGUGGGGAGGACAGGAAGAUUUGCCUCACCUCCACAUUCCUUAUAGACUUGUGGGGCAAGUCGGGAGCACAUAAGACCACUGAGAAUCAGAUUGCAGUAGUCAAGGCGAGAGAGGAUAGCGACAUUGAACAGCAUCUUAACUACAUCUGGCGUUCAGUAGAGGUGGAUGCACGCAAUGUUUUUUAGAUGGAAGUGGCAGGAUUUGAUGAUCAACUGGACACGAAGGGUGAAGGAGAGGUUGGAGUCAAAGAGAACACCUAGACAGCGAGCUUGCGAGAUAGAGCUGAUGGGAGCGCCUUUAACUUAGAGGGAGACAGACACGGGAUUGGCAACACUUGAGAGUGGAAAGUCCAGAAGUUCUGUUUUGGACAGGUUAAGUUUAAGGAAGUGAGCAGCCAUCCAGUUAGAAAUAGCAGAGAGGCAGUCAGAGACACAAGUCAAGAGGGACGGAGAGAGUUCAGGAGAGGACAAAUAGAUUUGCGUGUCAUAGAAGAAACACUGAAAGAGCACAGGGAAAGGUUGAAAGAGCACCAGGAGAGAACAACUAUUAUUUUAUUAUUUAUAUAGGGCCAUCAGAUUCCAUAUCGUUGGGUGGAUUAACAGACUUUUAAUUGGUGGAUUAACAGACUUGUAAUUGUAACCAGACAACUGGAUGUACAGGAACAGAGAGGUGGAGGGCCCUGCUCAAUGAGCUUAUAUUCUAGAGCAGGCUUCCCCAAACUGUGGCCCUCCAGAUGUUGCUGAACUACAACUCCCAUGAUUCUCAGCCUAUUUUAUUCAUAGAAUCAUGGGAGUUGUAGUUCAGCAACAUCUGGAGGGCCGGAGUUUGAGGAAGCCUGCUCUAGAGGAUAUAAAGUAGACCAAGAUUAUGGAGGGUGAGCAGAAGCUGUUGAUGAUUAACAGUGUCAAAAGCAACAGAAGGAUCAAGGAGAAUUAGCAUAGAAUAGUGACCACAAGAUCUUGCGGCAAUUAUAUCAUUGAAAAUAUAGCAUAGUUAAGGCUUUUCUGAGCUUCUUCUUGCAAACAGAAUGAUAUUCAUUACUAUGUAAUUAAAAAAAUAUAUAUUAUACAAGAUCACUCUGCUAUACUGUGUGUUAUAAGUUUAUAUAAAAAACAACCAACAUUUUCAUUGAUGCAUGAUGUAUUUUAUUGAUGAUGAUGAUGAUGAAUUUAAUUUGGAAAAUCUAAUAAGUACAAUUGAGGAGAAAAAGUGAGGCCAGGUUAAGUGGACAAAUGUAUGUACAAUAUUGUCCUGUGUGGGGGAGCUUGUUGUGCCUAUUGAGGAAGUUGGAAAGGAAAAAUGCAUUUAAAGACAUAAUGCACAACAUUUUUCUAAUACAAAGGGGAGAGCUAAUCAAUGGUUAAUAGCACAUCUAGGGUUAUAUGGGCGAGUAAUUGAGUCUUAAAGGCAUGCAUACAGAAAUAAGAAUGUUUAGCUAUACAUUAAAAUGUUACUGUUUGAGGGGGCAGGGCUUGGACGCCACGGUGCACUCCCCUCCUGCCUAUCAGUCAGAUCUUGCGCCCCCCGGGCGUGUGCGCCUAAGGUGGCUGCCAGGGCCACCUUAUGGUAGCUCUGGCCCUGGCCAUGCUGAAUGGUCACAGCUGGUUUGAGCUUCUGGAAAAGUGUGAUUCACAAGUGAUUUAGAAGGUAAAAAAUACCAUAUUACUCAACUUACCCACAUCAGCACCUGCGUCUGGCACGUUUUGGGCAACUUGGGUGUGGGUACCUCACCACUCUUGCUGUCUGGUAACUGGGGCCUCCGUUCUCCUGCAGCCUGGUGACUCGUUGGUGGGGGAAGCAAAUUAACUUUCCAUUUGGGGCUGCCUGGGCACUCUAAUGCAUACUCAGGGCCCCGCGCUCCCUCCCCUCUCUGGGCUGGUGGAGGUUAUCCCAGUCCCACCAUGCAAGCACUUAUCCCUUCAUCAAUCAUGGGCGUAUUUCGUGAAGGCUUCUCCCACACGCACUUUCCAAAAUUGCUGACGGCAUUGCUGCUGCUGAGUAUGGUAAACAGGCUACUGCUCGAAGAUGGGUAGCAACAUUAAAGGUGUUUGAUGCUAUGUAGAAAAGGGUGCGGGGAGACAGUUUGAUCCAGUGAUAUAUGAAAUGAACAGAAAAAACUUAAUAUAGUGUAGUAUAUAAAAAAAAACUUUUUCUAUACUUCACCAGGAUUUUUUUGAUAUACUACACUAUAUUAAGUUUUUUCUGUUCAUUUCAUAUAUCACUGGAUCUGAGAACAUUUCUACAGGUGCUGUCUCCCCGCACCCUUUUCUGCAUACUAACUAUACCACCAGAAAGAAGAGACUCUGGUUAGGGAAGAACAAGCUUCCACACAUACGAAGCACAGGUGCCAAAAUUCCAUCCCCUUACUAUGUUUGAUGCUAUGUGCCUGUGGUUCUGGAAGAGCUUGGAGGAUUGGAGAAAGCAACCUACGCUGCCAACUCUUAAGGCAAAGCCUCUAGUCAGAUCUGUUUGGAGCCCCCUUCCUCGGUGUGGAACCAAGAAGGUUCGAGUAACUAUCCGUACUCCACUCACCUGGGUAACAUAUCGCCAGCCAAGAUUCUGAGGCUUCCUCCUAGUGACAUAAAGCAAGGCCUGUGGACAUUUGAUGCUGGUUCCUGCUAGCUCCUGGCACUAUAAUGAUGCUGCAUGUUUGGAGACAAUGGGUGGCAUGAAUUCAUUUGCAUACCUGUUUGGACUCUGCCUGACCAUUUGCCUAGUUAAUAAAUCUCUCUUAUCUUACUACUGACCUGACACACCUGUAUGUUUAAGUUUAUUUUAUAUAUAUAUUUUUUAAAAGUGCAGUUUUCUUGCUAUUACAUGUUACCUCUGUAAUCUAUAUUAUUGUACCUAACCUUCAUAUAAUACUCAUGCAAGCCUGUAUGUAUAACCUUGCACUGCUAAAAUAAAGAAUGAAAUUUUUUUUUUACCUGUUUGUAAUCUAAAGCAAAGUAAGGAGUGAUAACAAUACCAACCACUAGAGGGCAAUACACUCACACUUGAUAGUCUGCACAGGCACUCACCAGUCAUAGGUAGUAGAUACUGGGGGCUCAAGGUAUGUGUGCAAAGUAAGACAACUGGAAUGAACGAUAUAGUUUUAUUGUUUCCCCAACAUUAUCCCCCAGCCAGUCAAUAAAAGAGGGAUGACAGUGUUUCAAAUUUCAUGUAUUUAGACAAAUAUUUAGACAAACCAGGCAAUUGGCAAUAAUAAGCACAGUUUGCUUUACUUUCUCCCAUUGAAUCUUGAUGAUUAUACAUGGCAGUGCUUUGAUAUAUUUUCUUCUCUGCACUGAAUAGCAGUAUCUUGGGGUAAUGGCUGCAGUUUGCCCAUAUACACGAUAAAAAAUUUAAUGACAUUUUUUUUUUUUUUUUUUAACAAUUCUUAUUAUUUGGCAGCGGAAUAAAAUGAUAUGCAUACAUUGUGCCUCGUGAGCGGAGCUUUUCCAAUAAUACUGAAUAGCAAGCGAUAAUUACCAACAUAAAUAGUAAUGCGCACAUCAAUGUUCAUAUAAAUAUGAACUCUUAGAGUAUGCUGUGAGGACAGUUAGUUAGACAGCAAUGUAUGAAGUAAAUAACACAAAUAGCCCAAUUAGGGGAAAAGAGCACCACAUAAGACAUAUAUUCACCUGCAAUGUAUUGUUGGGUAGGCAAAAUUCAUAACGGUAAAUGGCAAGGAGUAAAUGACCACGGUAUGGAGAAACAGGUCACAUUGCUGAUUUAUAGAAGGCAUUUAUUAUAUUGAAAAGUAAUAAAGUGCCUACUGGAGGGAUGGACCAGGAGAGAUUAGAAACUACUUCAUAAAAUUACUUUAAGCGCACGUAGAGGGAUAGCAACCUCUUGGCUGACCUCGGGGGUCCCGAUUUUCUUGGGAGUGAUCACCAGGAUCAAAGAGAGCAAACUGAUGGAUGACUUGACGGCCAGGGUGAAAGGGACCACUGUAGCUUUCCAGAGGAUUUGGGAACCUUGGGAGAAUAGCCCAGUGGGAGUGUGAGGAGACCUGGGGGGCGAGCAUCCGCGCUUACAGUGGGCAAGAGGGAAGUGCCAGAAACCCUCUUCAGGAGACGAUAGGCUAAUAAGUCAUGCUGGAACCCCCUACGGUGCAGGGGCACCACCAUUGAUCAGGAGGCCUUGUGGCCAGAAGUCUCUCUCCCCCUUCGCCCUCCACCCCCCCUCCCCCUUUUCUAUAUCUCUUACUCUUCUUUGCUUCCCUUCUUUACAAGGGACUAGGUAUAAGCCAUGACAGAGCAUAUAGGACACAUUAUCGGUAGGAGGCCUUAACUGAAAAUUCCACAGCUCCCUGCUGCGCGAACAGAGGAGGGCGGCAAAACUGCCUGGAAGGCAGCGGUUCGUUGUACCGGUGCAUUCUAGCAAGUACAUGAGGCGAAAGGGAGGCAUAUACGGGAGAGGAGGUGGCUUACUAUAAGUGUAAAAUUGGGCACUCGGGAUUCUGAAAUAUAGCAUUACACUUAGUACGGAAGCUAAGAAAGAAUGGAAGGUGCCUUUGUUUUUCUCAGAUGCUGCCACCUCAACAAGAAAGUUACAGACCAUAAAAAAAGAAUGUGCCCUCACAGGAGGCCUGUAAGUUCAUCUUCUAAGGGCACUGUGGUACCUGUUAACAAUAUGUGGAAUGGAAUGUCAGGUCUACCGUUUAUCUAAAGUUUAAUCUUGUUUACUAAAGAAAAAAUAGAAAAAUUCCUUGACGGACGGUGACGAAGUUCUCAAUUGUGUUUCAUACGCUUUGUCUCAGGAUGACUUAUCAUGUAUGUGACAUGUUAUGUGGCUUUUGCACAAGCCUAUAUGCUAAUGUUGAGUCAUUUUGUCCGCCGAGAUGAAAAAAAAAAAAAAAGGUUUCAUGGAUCUGUUGAUUCAUUUGUCAUUGUGCUUUUAGCGGUUUAUCUAUUCGAGCGCUACAGAAUCUGUUGGCGCAAUAUAAAUGCCAAUAAUAAUAAUAUUCUAUUUUUUAAUUCACACAUGGUCAAUGUUGGGUUCAGUAAAAAAAACUAAAAACUCUUAAACUGAUUUGUCUUUAAAGACCUUUGGCUUCAAAUUAUCUGUUUUCUUAAAAGGAGAAAUACAUUUGUGUGCAUCUUUUCUGAUAACAUUGUAUGUUAAUUAAUGUGCAGGCUGGGUAAUGGUUUUCUUUAAAUCCUUAUACAAACUGUUUCUAACAAGGAAAAUGCAAUACAAUGGUGAUUUAAGCAUUUUUCUUCUUCAGAGAAUAGUUAUAACUGGAUUACUUUAAAUCAAACAUGCAAAUAAUUACCCCCUUUGCUAUAUAAUUAGAUUUUACAAAAUGUAACACUUUUCCUGGAACAUGUGACUAGCGAUAGGUCCAGACAACCCAGUGAGAGACAUUUCUUUAAAUAGCAUGCAUGCAGAGCAGUCAAAUUGGCUUUAGCUGUGCAUUACUUCCAUUGCUGAAGCAGUUUCUCUCAUGUAUUUUCAAAUAGACAUGUUUUGACAAGCUUUCAAUCGGGUGUCUAUUCGUUUCAGCCAAACUUGAGUGAUAAUUCUCUUUGUUCACCAGGUUUGCCUGACUGCUACUUUCUAUGACCCGGUAGCAGCAAUGGCAGCAAUGACGAUAGUUCAUAAUAUAACCCUCAAUGGACCAACAGUUAAAAAUAGCCAUGUGUCAUCUGGCCAGAGGUUUGUAGCCAGCAACCCUAUUAACACAGUAAUAUUUAUAUAUAUAUAAAAAAAAAGAAGUAAAUAAAAUCAAAAGGAAAAAAAAUAAAUUAUAUUAAUGUAAUGGAGAUUAAAAACCUUCUUUUUCGCCCCACCUGACGUGGAAGGUGAAGCCAUCUCUACUAAACCUGAAAACUAGUGACUGGGCAGCCAUUGGGAAGAAUGCCUGUAAUAUUAUGGGGGAAACUGCCCUCCCCCCUUCAUGCCACCUACAUGUGGGCAUUAGGAGGGAGACCUAAAAUAAUCAUUAGGGUGUGGACAAAACAUAGUGUCCCCCACCCAAUGAUGGUGGACAUAAAUAAAUAUUGAAAGGGUGUGUACAUGCCACUGUCCACCCAUUUCCCCCCAAAGUCACUAUGAUCUGUACACUUCUAUAGCCACCCCAUAUGGAAUGUCCACCCCCUUUCAAUAUUAUACAUUUAGAGACCCCAACUGCCACCCCAUGGGUGGCAAAGUUAAGUUUUAUAUGAGAUUGCUAGCCACCUCUCUGUUAUUCAGACAAGAAUGAUAAUUAGAGUGGUAUGGUAUCUUAAAGGCAGGUACCCACUAAUCCUAAAUCCCUUUUAAACCUUAAGCCUACCUCUAAAUCUUCACACCAUGUAAAACAAUGGGUAUGCCAAUAUACUCUGUGCUGUAAUAAUGCUUAUCAUUAUAAACAUUGGCCACAUUGUUUUUAAUCUUUGUGUUUAUGUUUUAUGUUGACAUUUUUAAAGUGAUUAACGCAUAGCCUUACUUAAUCUCCCUCUAACUUUACCCUAAGCCAAGAGACUAUUGUUAACAUCAUUAUAACGUCUGUGCAUACUUAUGACAAGAGAAGUGUUGGAGCGUUGCUAUAAUGACAAUCGACACUUUUCAAAGGUACAGUUUUAACAGUGACUUUUUAAAUGUAUAGAGAGGUUUUGUAAUAGACACAGUUUUAAAAAAUGCAAUUAAUAGGUAUACUCAAAGUACCAUAACUACUACAGUGUGCCAGGAUCCCAUGGCUCCAUCUCAUGGUAAGGUGUCAAACAAUUUACAGACAGUAAAUCACUUACCUGGUUUUGUCAGAUGCCCACAGUCCUGCUUAGGGAAGGAAACUGGAUACUGCGUCCAGUGCAGUGGUGUGUCCUGGUUUUGUGCUGCCCUAGGCAUGACAAAACUCAGGCGCCCCCCUCCCUCACCCAUGCGCCCUUCACCUCCCUUCCCCCCUGCCCCGCCUUCUAAAUACACACACAUAUUCACUGACAGACACGCAUACACUAGCUGACAUACACACUCACUAACAGACACAUACAGUCCCUAGCAGACACACACAUAGUAACACACUCCCUAACAGACACACUCCCUGACAUACACACACACACACUCACUCACUCACUAACAGACAAACACACACACUCUAACAGACACUCAGACACACUCAAACAGACACACUCAAACAGACACACACUAACAGACACAUACACACUAACAGACACAUACACACUAACAGACACACACUCACUCACUAACAGACACACACUUUUUUUUGCCGCCCCCUGGAAAAUGCCGUCCAAGGCAAAUGCCUUGUUUGCCUCGCGGCUAAUACGUCCCUGGCCCAGUGCACUGUCUGUGAUACUGUGUAUACAAUGAACGUAACAGGAAAGUGUGUAUUAUGGCAAUAUAAUGCUGUUGAGCUGUUGUCGAUAUAAUAAGCCACAAGACCAAAGGUUUAUUUGCUGCUGCUGUCCUUAAAGGAACUCUAUGUCCAAAAAUACACACACACUAUAAUUACGGGUUAAAAAAAAAAACUAAAAUAAAAAUAUUAAAUUAAAUUAAAAUAAAAUAUAUAAGAUCCAGUGGAUUCGCUCAUUCGCUGAACAGCAAUUGUAAGGCUUCUAGAAUUUUAUAUUUUUGUUUUGUUUAAUAUCUAACUUAAGCAAAAAUAAUGGGUGUUUGGUUACAGUAUAUGAUCAUACGUUGCAUAAGCCUGCCACAAUGUAAAUGUACCAUAUUUUUGGCAAGUCCUACUCUAGCAACCUAAUGCCUGCUCAUUUGAAAGUAAUCCACUUCCUGGGACUAUCUCCAAUGUAAAGUUAGAUAGGGACCUGGAAUCAGGUACCUAAGACAAGGAGGGGGGAAACACUGGGGAGUUGGCCUGGACUCUUAAAUAUAUAUAAAAGCAAGAGGGUUGCUGCUAGGGCCAAUUCAUACAACAUACAAAAUCCAGCGCACUGACUCAUUCAAUAAACAAUAAUUUUAAGGUUUAGAGAAUGUAAUAGAUUUAUUUAAAAACCGUUCACUUAGGCAAAAAAUAAUAAUGGGGGUUUAGUUACAGUAUGAUCACACCAUGCAUUGCAUAAGCUUGCUGCAACACCAAUGUACCCCAUUCAAUGCUCAUAAGAGCAGGCAUUAGUUUGGUAGGAUAGGAUCUGCCAAGAAUGGGGUACAUUGGCAUUGUGGCAGGCUUAUGCAAAUUCAGUAAGGUACAGCGCUGCAGAAUUUAUUGGCCCUAUAUAAAUAAUAAUAUUAUGGUGCUUAGAAUGACCCUUUGACCCCUUAAAGCCGUUAUAGCAUUUUAUCCCAUCCCUCAUUUAAUGGGUUUUAAAGCCAUUGGGGCGGCAUAGAACGUUGUAACAGCUCUGAGCCCUGGAUCGCCCGGGAUACUUUCCUUCCCAGGGCUCCGCUUCGGGAGAACUGCCUGACAGCCCAGCCAGUCCUCCUGUGGCAAAUCAGGCCCCGGGGCCCAUGUGAUCGCUCUCAAAGAGGCAUGCCAGACAGUCCCCCUGCUGGUGGGAAAAGAUUAAAAAAAUUAUUAUUACACAUGUAAAAAGAAUAUAUGUAUCUAUAGAGAUAUAUAUAUAUAUAUAUAUAUAUAUAUAUUUCAAACAAUAAAUUUGGCACAUUUUUUAUAGAAAACAAAUAUAAAGGUGCACUCCUGGACUUAAUAUUGUGUUUCUGGUUUAUUGUGCAAAAAAGAUGAUCAACGUUUCGACCUAUUCAGGUCUUUCUCAAGAUCUCAACAUUACCUUAUAUAUAUGUAACUUCAUAGUUUGUGUAUUUUUUAUAUUAAUAUAAUUACAUAUAUUAGUAUUAAAAUAAACUUAGAAGGAAGUUACAUAUAUAUUAGAUAUAUUAUAAUAUAAUUUAUAUAUAUAUAUAUUUAUAUCUAUAUAUACGUAUAAUUACAAUAAUAAAUAAAUGCAAUAAUAAAAUAAAUAAAAUAAUUGAAAAAAAAUUAAAUAAAUUAUAUAUACAUAUGUAAUUUUGUUCUAAUGGUAUUUUGAUAUUAAUAAUUAUAUAUUGGUAGCAAAAUACACUUAGAAUGACAUUCUUUAUCUAUCUAUAUAUAAAUAAUUGCAUAUAUAUAUAUAAUUAAAUAAAUCAUUACAUAAGUAUACACGUAGAAUUUAAAUACAUGUAUAUGUAUAUAUUUCAAAAUUCUAUGUGUAUAUUUAUGUAAUCUUUUAACAUAAUUCUGUGAUUUUAUUAUAAAAAUUUAAGGGACGUGCCUGACAACCCAGGCAUACAGUCCAGCGAAUUUAAUGUGCAAGCACUAUAUUAAACCCUGUAACUUUCCAAGACACGAUAAAACCUGUACAUGGGGGGUACUGUUUUACUCAAGAGACUUCGCUGAACACAAAUAUUAGUAUUUCAAAAUGGUAAAUUGUAUUACAAUGAUGAUAUUGUUAGUGAAAGUGACAUUUUUUGCAUUUUUCACACACAAACGAUAUUAUUUUUGUGAUAUGCUUUACUGUUUUGAAACGCUCUCUAGCUGGAAGAAUGCCCAGAAUGUAGUUGAAAAUAAGUGGUUUGAAAAGAAACUGACUGCACGCAUUCCCAGUCUGAAUUAACAGCAGAGAGGGAUUCGCACAGGGUUCUGCAUAGUGAUCAGCCUGGACGAUCACAAAAAAUUAUUUUGUGACAGCUUUUCCUUAUAUGACAUAGCAGCAAAGUGGGAAAAUACCAUAUUCUAUUGGAACAAGCUCCCUCUGUCAGAAUUCCAUUAAUAAGGUUUCUGAUCGCUUCAGUCUCUUGCAGUACCUCACACUGCCACUACCAAGCUAUGGUGCUGUUGCAGAAUGCUGCACUAAGACUGAAGAGAUCUGACUUAGUCCGCAAUACAUUAUCUUCCCACUAGUUACGUCUUUUAAGGUUGCCAGUUCAUUGGAUUAGACUCAGGUUUGGUCUCUGUAUCCUGGAGGCUUGAGUCCCAGAGGCUUCUAUGUUUCCUUGUUUUGCAUUUAUUAUUCAUGUGUUCUUGUAACGAAUACAUAGAAACAUAGAAUGUGACGGCAGAUAAGAACCAUUCAGCCCAUCUAGUCUGCCCAAUUUUCUAAAUACUAAUGUACAAGUUGUGAUCAAAACAAAACGUAAACAAAACCUGGCAUUUGCGCUAAAUGUCUGUCCAACCGUAAUUCACCUCUUUCAUAUUAAAUGCACCCACCCUUAUUAUAUAUCAUUUUAUUCAGGGGCAACAGGGCUUUCAUUUAACAUCAAAUAUUUAGGUAUGGAACAUAAUUUAAUAUGAAUAAAAUAUAAAAAAAAUCUGAGAAAAUAAGAUUUUUUUAACGUUUUCUUAGUUCUACGUGACAUUUUAACUUUGAAUGUCAAAAUACUGUUUGCUUUUACUGCAAUAAAAUGCACAUAUUUGUAUUCAGCGAUGUCUCACGUGUAAAACAGUAUCCCCUAUGUACAGGUUUUAUGGUGUUUUGGGAAGUUACAGGGUCAAAUAUGGCAUGUUACAUUUUUCAUUUUUUUCACAUUGAAAUUUUCCUGAUUGGUUACGUUGCCUUUAAGACCGUAUGGUAGCCCAGGAAUGAGAAUUACCCCCACGAUGGCAUACCAUUUGCAAAAGUAGACAACCCAAGGUAUUGCAAAUGGGGUAUGUCCAGACUUUUUUAGUAGUCACUUGGUCACAAACACUGGCCAAAGUUAGUGUUAAUAUUUGAAAAUGCAAAAAACGUAUUUGAACGCCAAUUUUGGCCAGUGUUUGUGACUAAUUGGCUAUUAAAAAAGACUGAACAUAGCCCAUUUGCAAUACCUUUGGUUGUCUACUAUUGCAAAAGGUAUGCCAUCUUGGGGGUAAUUUCCAUUCCUGGGCUACCGUACGGUCUCAAAGGCAACAUAACCAACCUGGCGAAUUUCAAUGUGAAAAAAUUGAAACGCAAGCCUUAUAUUUGACUCUGUAACUUUUGAAAACACCAUAAAACCUGUACAUGAGGGGUACUGUUAUACUCAGGAGACUUCAUUGAACACAAAUAUUAGUGUUUCAAAACAGUAAAACGUAUCACAACAAUUAUAUCGUCAGUGUAAGUGCCAUUUGUGUGUGAAAAAUGCAAAAAAUGUCACUUCCACUGACGAUAUCGUCGUUGUAAUGCAUUUUACUGUUUUGAAACACUAAUUUUUGUUUCUGCAAAGUCUUCCGAGUUAAACAGUACCCCCCAUGUACAGGUUUUAUGGUGUCUUGGAAAGUUACAGGGCUAAAUAUAGUGAUAGUAAAUUAAAUUCCCUGAACUUUCGGCCUGGGUUGUCAGGCAGGUCCUGCAAAUUGUAAUUAAUAAAAUUACCUAAUUAUGUAAAAUUAUUACAUAAAUAUAUAUGUAGGAUUAUUAUAUAUAUACAUGUAUAUAUAUAUGUAUAUAAUUUUUUAAAUUAUUUUUAUUUAUAUAGUGGUAUAUAUAUUUGUGUUCGGGGCAAAUAGCCGUAUAUGGAGUAAGGUUCCAGCAUAAGCGUAGGAUAGUAUAAAGGGAGCAAGUCGGUUGUGGUGUGCCGAGACCGACGAUACGGUAGGCCUGUAAAUAAAGAGGGCCCACCAAGGAGUAAGUAAGUAAAGUAAAUGGAAAGAAAAUAGAAAGUGUUGAAAUGAGGAGUGGGUGGGAGGGUCAUUCUGAUGCUGACCUCAAGCGAUAUGAGUCAGGUAAGGGGUGUCCCUUAUAUAGGGGAGUGAAUUAAUUUAAGCCCCUCCCACAAAUACAGGCCAAAUGGCCUUAAAAACUUGUGUUCGGGGCAAAUAGCCGUAUAUGGAGUAAGGUUCCAGCAUAAGCGUAGGAUAGUAUAAAGGGAGCAAGUCGGUUGUGGUGUGCCGAGACCGACGAUACGGUAGGCCUGUAAAUAAAGAGGGCAAAAAGAAUAAUCAAAGAUUUAAUACAGUCAACAAUAUAUACAAAUUAACCAGACAUUUCCUUAAAUGCAUUACUGUAUUUAAUUCCUGGAAGGAUUUUUGAAGGUAGGAAUCUAGGACCGCAACUGGACACCAUUUGUUGUGGGUAGGAUAGUAUGUUAUCUCUACUGUUGGUGCGUGUUGACUCGUUUCGGAAUGUGGUAGAGCCAAUAGGUAAUGAUAUAUGUGUUUACAUACGUGGGAUCGUUGAAGACAAUGAUCUGUCUGAGUGGUGGUUAUGGUAGUGGAUUCUCUGGCCUGAGAAAGGCAUAAAAGGCAGUGUGCAUGGUGGUAAUGGCCAACUUGGUAGUAUAAUUGAAUGGUUGUAGCUCUAAUAGGUCCGAUAAGGAUGGAAAAGUUGGAUAGCUAUUGGUAAUAUCUAAGAGGAACGUGGGGGGAUGGAUUCCUGAAAACCUCUGAGUAUAUUCUUGUCUGGUAUGAUACCAUGAAGUUAUGGUAGUUUUGGCCAUAGGUUAUCCUGUGUUGUUGAAUGCCUGUAAAAUAUAUAAUUAAUGGUGUGUGAGAUGGUUUUAGUUUAAGGUGGCAAAAAUGAAGCAAAACCUAGGAGAAAUGUUAUGACACAGGUUGAGCUAUGUCGUGUUCCAAUGAGAUUCUUUAAAGCCAGGUGAAUAGGUGUUAUGCGUUCUACAAGUAUGGGAUGAAAGUGCUAGGUGGGAUAGUGCAUGCUAUGCUGCAUGAGUAUGUCUAAUCCAUGAUUUUGUCUCUGGAACGAAAGAGUGGCCGUGACUGUAUGGGCGGCUGUAGGAAGCGUAUGAUGAACAUGCCUGGAAUAUGAGACAAUUGUCAGCAAGGAUGUAUACCCCCGCCUGGUACAUGAAAGUAAAAGAAAUGUGGUGAAAAGUGGCCAACCAAGUGAGUUCCCCAGCAAUACCAUGAUCGUAUGGAUGAUGAGUGGCAUUUGUUAAUGAUAUGACAUGUGCUUAGUUGUCUGAGUAACAACGGAUUGAUGACCCUGACCAUGAUUUACCCCAUGCCACAGCAGCUGCUUUUAGCGGGGAAAGGAUUGCCCAUUUUAUGCCAUGUAAGUGCCAGUUUGUAGGGUAGAUGGUAGCCGUUUACUGUGUUGAUGAUAUUGGUCUUACUUAACGAAGCUUCAACCCAUGCUUGAGUGAUAGCUGUAAAGGUAGAUCAAUGGUGUGUAUAGUAAGGAAACUCCUCGGAGGGUAUGAGGGAGUUGAGACUUGGGGUAGCGAAGGUGUGUGGUGCCAAUAAGUCUAUGGUUAGUCUUUGUUUAAGGGAAGAUUCCCUUGUGACAAUACCAAUGUGUUUGUGUUUGGUGCCAUGCUGUAAAUGGUGGAGAUUGGAAAACCCAAGUAAAAACCCCUCUGCAAAUCUUGGCUAUGAGUGUGUUUACAGCCGACGGUUCUGUUGUGCUGACUGUAAGUGAGGGCAUACUAUAUUCCUUGAGGGUUUAUUUAUGAUACCUGUAUGGGAGCCCUUUGAAGCUCCAGAGCCUUAGUAAAUCUACUACAAGUCUGGAAGGGUGAUGAGUCAGUAGUGUUGAAAAUGCAUUGGUGUGUACAGAUGGUGAGUACGUUAUUUGUAAGUUGUAUUGGGACACAUGGUUUGUCAUGUGCCCUGAAUGAUUUGAACAUAUAUGCAACAGUCUAUAUGCAAUGCAACUACUAAUACCAAUUGUCUCUGGUAGUUCAGAGGUGCUGGUACCUGGAGCCUGAGAGUGCUCGCCCGUUUGUUUGGGAGAAAAUCCCUUCUGGAUGGGUACCUGCACAAAUAAGCAUCUCUACAUAUUCCAAAUGCCAACACAACCAAGGGAUGGUCAGGUCCCAAUUUACCUAGAAUCCCUGGGUCUGACCAUCAUAGAUACAUCAUCAUACAUAUAUAUGCCUUGUUUCCCCAAUGUGCCGGGAUCAUAUGUGCAGGGUUAACGUCUUGAACCAAGUAACCGAGUUUCGGUUGGUGCUGGUUGUACAGUGAGGCCCAGCCUUGUGAGGGCUGUGACUGACUCGAGAUUGCCAGUCUGUCGUAAAUUUUUUGGCUCAUGAGUUUAUGAGUGAGGCUAGCAUGGCCUGGGUGUCACCUGAGUUGGUGUUGCUGGGCCUUCCCCUGCCUCCGUGUUGUCCGUUGAUGUAUGGAGGAGUUUGAAUAACUCUGCUUUCCUUGCUGUGGCAGGGUAGGGGAUUUGCCGCCUCCUUAGGUCGGAGCCACAUCUCCUCUGCUUGAAGGUGUAUCACUUCUAGCCGGGGUGCCAGGAAGAGAUGAUUCUUCACCAUCUUUUUGAGAAAUACUUAAAUAACAAUAAAGAUUGCAAUUAUUAUUUGUACCCAGGGGUCUUGUACUGGCUUGCUAGCUAAGCCGUAAGGCGAAACGAUUAGGCUUGGUGUUUUUUGGUGACUGGUGAGGCCCUGCUAGUUGCCAAGUGGCUUGAGAGGCUCUAUCUAUGCUUGGCGCGAGGGGAUUUUUUUGUGGCCACCGAACGUUGUGGCAGGAUGUUGGCCUCUCGGUGACAGUAACCAGAAAAUAGGAAGGGGAGUGACAGGUGAGGCCCUCUCUAUGAUACAAUGCGAGGCGGCUAGCUCACGAGUGGCCCGAGGGGUGUAUGCCUCCGAGUGUGAGGCGGGGUGUUGGCCUCGCGGGACCACUAACCAAAGCGUAAAGCAGAGAAAACAGGAGGUAAUACCUAUUGGGCCAUAGAACCCUAAUUGCCAGUACAUUACUACUAUUCCAGGGAAGGUAAGAGAUGAAGGUGUAUCACUUCUAGCCGUGGUGCUAGGAAGAGGUGAUUCUUUACCAUCUUUUUGAGAAAUACUUAAAUAACAAUAAAGAUUGCAAUUAUAUAUUUGUACCCAGGGGUCUUGUACCGGCUUGCUAGCUAAGCCGUAAGGCGAAACGAUUAGGCUUGGUGUUUUUUGGUGACUGGUGAGGCCCUGCUAGUUGCCAAGUGGCUUGAGAGGCUCUAUCUAUGCUUGGCGCGAGGGGAUUUUGUGUGGCCACCGAACGUUGUGGCAGGAUGUUGGCCUCUCGGUGACAGUAACCAGAAAAUAGGAAGGGGAGUGACAGGUGAGGCCCUCUCUAUGAUACAAUGGCCCGAGGGGUGUAUGCCUCCGAGUGUGAGGCGGGGUGUUGGCCUCGCGGGACCACUAACCGAAGCAUAAUGCAGAGAAAAAAAGGGGAUAAUACCUAUUGGGCCCUAGAACCCUAAUUGCCGGUACACUAUUACUAUUCCAGGGAAGGUAAGAGAUGGAUAACUACGUGAGCAGGUGUACGUACCUGGUAGUAUGGUAUUGAACCUGACAAUCCGUAUAGGUUUUUAGUAGUAACUGUAACCUGAAUGGAUAAAAUCGUAUGGCAUAAGGAAAUAUGGCAUAGACCAAGCUUAUCUUAAAACAUACAGUAUAUGUGAAAGUAAAGUGCCGUGAUAUGUAAAUAUUAAACAUCAUAUCCAUACUGGUUAAAUAUGUAUCAAUCUUAACCCAUUAAGUGCCGUAUGUAAGUGAACCAUAUUACCAGUUACGUAUAUACAGAUGCGUGUGCUACUGUGUAAUAAUAUAUGUAUUUAUAACAGAUAUUGAUAUACUGCUUGCUAUGUGAAUUGUUGUAUGCCUUAUUGAAUGGCAAGUGAACAUGGAGUUGCAAAAUGCAAGUGAACAUGGAGAUCUGCCGAGUGCCCUAUAGGUGGCAGUGUAGUUGAUACUGAUUUGUAUGUGAAAUGUUGUUUGUCUGUUGACCUAUAGGGGUCAGUGUUUUGGUGUUUGUAAAACCCCAUGAAAAUUGUCAAUGUACUUGACAGACCUGUAGGUGGCAGUGUUGAUAGAACCACUGUUAGUGUUAAUGUGAAAUGUAAAUUAUUGUGAAUUAAACCUGAAGUUGAGCCUGUGUUGGAGUUUAAUUCAUGGUUUAUGGUUAUGUUUAAAACAAUCUUAUGUGUAUGUGUAAUUUAUAUUGGCUGGUAAUUGUAUAUGACAUGUGAAGACAGUUUUGCUGUUGACCAGUAGGGGUCAGAAAUGCUGAUUGUAUGGUAAAAUACCCUUUAACCCGUGAAGGAUACAUGACAUGUGAGACAUAUCAUGAUUCCCUUUUAUACCAGAGUUUGGUCCUUAAGGGGUUAAUCCAAAUGCAAGGUUAAUGUGAGAUUUUGAGAGUGACCUGUAGGGGUCAGUGUGGUUUAUGUGAAACAUUGUUUGUGAGCUAUGCCCCAGCAUUAUAGUUGUGUGACAGGGAAACAAACAGUGCCCGUUUGACAAUAUACAAUAAGUGAACAUAAUAGCUUAAUAACAGUCAUUGUAACAAACCAAAGUUCUGUUCAUGGUUGUAAACGCACGAAGCGUGUGUGUAGUACAAUAGUAAAUGCAUGAACUAGUACUCGUUUGGUAGAAAAUUGCACGAAUCGUGAGCCUGGUAUGCCAGGGAAACAAAACGAAACGAGCAGUGAGAUUCGAAAUGCACGCACAGAAUUGCCUAGUAUGUUUAGGCAAUUGAAACAGAAUGUGUUCCCGUUUGGGAGUAUGCUAAUGCUCGAAAUGAGCCAUUGACAGAUAUAAACAAGUGAAUUUAAACGAAUGAUAUGCAUGGACAUGCAAUGGUUUUAGGACAGAUUUAGACAAAAUGCAGCCGUAAAGUGAGGACCUGACCCAUGCAUGGUGCCGUGGGACUGAUGCCUGGCGUAACGGGUAGGUCGACUUACGGUUUGUGAGUCACUUGGACACCAUCCACAGCGAUAGAUUGAAGAAAGAAGGUGGUAGGCCGGAAAAGCCUGUGGCUGGAUUCCUGACACAGCUCAGCUUAGAAAACCUCAUGGAGUAAUCAGGUAAAAUGGCGUCUGGAUGACCCGGAAGUGGAAAUCAUUCUGAUGCUGACCUCAAGCGAUAUGAGUCAGGUAAGGGGUGUCCCUUAUAUAGGGGAGUGAAUUAAUUUAAGCCCCUCCCACAAAUACAGGCCAAAUGGCCUUAAAACAUAUAGUAAUAUAUACGUAUAUACUUAUUUAUCUAGAUAUAUAUUAUUUUGUUCUACAUGUAUUUUGAUAUCAAUAUAUAUAUAUAUAUAUAUAUAUAUAUAUAUAUUAAUUUUACAAUACAGUUAGAACGAAAUUACACAAGUAUAUAUUUUUUAUUUAUUUUUUAUUUUAUUUAUUUUAUUUAUGUGUUUACAUUUUUUUAUUAUAUAUAAAUAUAUAUAAUGAUAUAAUGAUAAUUAUAUAUAUAUUUAGUCAAUAUUGUAUGUGUACUUUGAUAUGAAUAUAUAUAUAUAAGUAUAUAUAUAUUAAUAUUAAAAUACACUUAGUGUAUUUAUGUGUAUGUGUGUAUAUUUGUGUAUAUAUAUAUAUAUACACACAUAUACACACAUAUAUAUGAUCUAAGUAUAUUUUAUUUAAUUUUACACUGUUUUAACUUUUUUUUUUUCAGACAGCAGGGGGAGUACCUGUCAUUACAGGCACUCCCCCUGCUUGCAAUGCCUUGGACGGCUAUGCCGUCCAUGUGAUCGCGUGGUCCUUGCAAGGACCUCGCGAUCACAUGGCCCAAAGGGGCCGAAGAGGAAGGAGGGGGACUGCCUGGGCUCGCCGGCGACUGGGUAAUUCCAAACGAUCGCAGGGCAUUCUAUGCCGCCCUGCGGCAUUUAGAGACGCUUCCUUAAUAACGGCAUAGAACGCCCUGCGGUCUUAAGGGGUUAAUUAGUCCCUGGUCUUAUCCUUUAGGUAGGAAUAUACCUGUUUCCUUUUGUGAGUGACAAUAGGGGGAAGGACCAAUUGAAACCCCCCCCCAGCCCUGAGCGGCGGGUGGCAGCCCUAAGUGACAAUGGGGGGAGGUCCUAUUAUACCCACCCAUGAGCAGUAGGUGGAUGUCCUAAAUGACAAUGAGGGCAGGACCUAUUGUUCCCCCCCGGCCCUGACCCACGAGCGGCAGGUGGAGGCCCUAAAUGACAAUGGGAGGAGGACCUAUUGCCCACCCCCCAUGCCUCCACCCAUAGGUGAAAGGUGGAGGCUAAAUGUAAAAAAUAUACCCCAAUAGUUCCCAAGCUUCUAGUCACUCACCCCCCGCCCCCCAAAAAAAAAUCAAAAUAAAAUAAAGGCCCAACUAUCCCCCUCACUCUAAAAAUAGUGAGGGGGUACAAUAAACCUAACUACCUGUAAAUAAAAAAAAAAUACUUACCAUUCGAUGUCUUCUUUUUUCUAAAACCUUCUUUUUUCAGCUCCAAAAAAGGCCAAAUGAAAAUUCAUAAAGUCCGUUAAAUUUUGAAAAUAGAAAAAAAGACCCGAUCGCCGAAAAAAAAUCCGUACACUAAAAAAAAUAAAUCCAUCUUUACACAGCGAGGGCACCGCACAGACUGAGCUCCGCAGGGCGGGGAAAGGCUUAAACCUGAUCUGUCUCUGAAGAUGUUGCAUUUCCUAUCCUUGCAUUGCUAAUUCUGUAGUAGUAUUAAGAAUUCUUACUAGUUCUGCCAAAAGCAACUACCAGAGACUAGACCAAAAAUGGAUAUCUAUGACCUUUCUAUACAAAGAUCAACCUCUAAGGUAAUGCAUGUUCCUAAAGAGACAUCUCUGAACGAGUUUGUCAAUGCUGAAUCUCUUAUGUCUGAUUAUUCUUCAUAUGACAAUCCUGACCUUAGUAUUCCCGACUUGUCGCUUACAGAUUACUUUUGUUUUAGAAGGAAGGAUUGAUCUCUGCUACAGUAAUACCUAUGAACAAAACUGACUGUAAUUCUUAUGUUCUGUAAUGCAAUCACCUGUUAACCUGUAUCUCAGCUAAUGGACCCUGUGUCAUUAUAUAAACUGCAUCUGCCAUGUACGGCAAACUAUAAAACCUCACUAUGCCAGUUCCUUCUGAACCUCUUCCUUUCUUUGAGGUGGCUGGGCAACCCUUUCCUCCUGGUUUCUCCUCUAUUUCCUAUGCGAAAUGUUGGCAGGUUUAGAACCUAGAAGUUGCUCCUUAAAAAGGCUAACUUUAAGAUUCCAUGUAUACCUCCUAGUUUUCAGAUCUGUUGCAAUACCUCACAUUGCCACUACCAUGCUGUGGUGCUGCUGCACCCAAAGAGAUGUGACUGCGUCACCAGCUGACCCUACCUUGUAAUUAUCUUCUCCCUAUUGAGUCUAGGCUUAUCCCAUUUUCGGUUGCAAGUUCCUUGGAUUUGUUUAAGGUUUGAUCUCUGUAUCCUGUCCGCUGGCUCCAUGAGGCCUUGCUGCAUGUAUCCAGAAGACACGCGUCCCAGAGGCUUGCCUGUGUACUUGUAUUGAAUCUUUUUGUUUUGCAUGUGCUAUUCUGUUAUUGUGAAUAAAAUACUUUUUUUUUCUUUGUCAUUGUUGUGUAUUGAGGUUUAUUUGCAUAUUGGGAUCCUACUUAUGGUGGUUGCUGCUGGUGUCAGCAUCCCUCCCCUUCCCAACCAAACCCAGCCCCCAAUCCACAUGCAUUGAUAUCUUAUCCUUCCUUAAACUGCUGAUACACACUCAUACCCUCUCCCAAACAUCGCCAUCCCAUGGGCGUGUUAAAAGAGUAUAGGCCAGUGAUGCAAAUCAUGCCACUGGCACCGACCAAAGAGGGUGGACCCAGUCAGACAGGGGGAGAAUUGUCAGUUCAGCCUGGUGUGAAAGCAGACUGGCCCACCAAUGACAGAACAUGUAGGGGGCACAGUUUCAGGAUAAACCUAUUUUCAAGAUGCCCUAAUGCUUACCUAAUAAAUGGUUGUUUUUGUAGGUUUUUAAUUUUUUUAAUUUUAAUCAACCUUGUCCCCGGGAAAAUCUCUACUGUUCAGGUGUCAUAUGUCAUGGUACCAAGAUAAUCCAGGCGUCAUUCGGCCAUGCAGUUAGAUGUUUUUCGUUGGAUAAUUUUAAUGCUCUGCAUAAUUUCUGUCCGAUUUGAUGCUUUGCAUAGAGAAACAUAGAGGUCCUAUGGUACAUGAAUGGCAAUUGCACACUGUGACAAUAGAAUGAUUCUAAUCGAGAAGCAGUGUCUUCCACCUUGAGCAAGUACUCAAAGCAAGUAAGGAAGAGCACCAUCUCAGCUGUCUGAUUGCCUUGAAAUCCGUUAUUUUGUACAAUAAGUCCUUUAAUAUAGUGGUUAUUCCUACAUAGCCUAUAGUAAUAAAUUGUAAGGGUUUUAUAUAUGUUACAGCUUUGUUAUACUUUUUAUACUUUUUUUUAUUAUACAUAUAGUAAAUGCAGUAACUUCAUAUAUAUUUUUUUAUUAAACCUUGUAUUCAGCCUGCCUUAACUCUCCUGGGAGCCACACAAAACAGGCCUUUGAUCUAUUUGCACUAUUGAAAGAGAACAUGGGUGUUUUAUGCAGCCCUUUCAAAACUUCAAAGCCUUUUUGUUCUAAUCUAACUAUUUAACUACCUGCACGUCAUUACUGGCUAAGUAAAUAAGUUAAAGUCAAAUAUAUUUACAUCCUGAUAAAUAGAAGCAUGACAACCUUUACAUACUUGAAAACGAGAGAAAUCUCAAUGUGUCUUUCCUGGUAAAAUAUUUUAUAAAUAAAUAAAUACAUUUUUUAUAAAUAAAUAAAAUAAAUAAUAGGAGGGGGAAAUGACUCAGUGACAUUUUGUAUAAUCUGCUUGAUGGUCCACAUGGUCCAAUGUGAUCAUUUUAGAAAGAAAAAAAAAUAACCUGAAAAAGCAUUGUGGCUAUUUAAGGGUCUUAAUUUGUUCGAGAGCAGGCACAGCCAAUUUUUUUAUUUUAGUGUUUGUUUUUUUUGUUCCCUACUGCUCCCCAAGCAGCUCCUGAAGAAUGAGGCGCAAGUCUAAGCAGUUGAUAGGCAAUGCACACCUGAAAAGUCAACAUAUAGAUGACUUGCUCCAGCUGCCACCUAGGCUGUGUUCUACCAAAAAGACACCACCAUGGGAGCCUUCGGGAAGUAGCUCUUUGGAAGACCCAGAUGAAGCACAGCUUUGGAAGAGUCCAGGGACAUCUUGUUGGGAGCUAAGUUUGGCAGUUCCACCUCGAGACAUGUUGGUCCCACUUUGUUGCUUAAGAGAUUGAAACAGAUGAUGCUUGUGAGGGCUCUGCAGAUGACCAUCACAUACCAGCAUGCAAAGCUCAUAUUAAGAUCCUGCUGGUAGAGAUGAAGGCCAUGUUUGAUACUGAUCUCUUGAUUAUUCGAAAAGUGGUCCGUGCACUAGAGGGCCAAAUACAUAUGGUAGAGGAAGAUUAAUAUAAGGGCCAAAAUCAAGUCCUAACUAAAGAGAUGGCGCCUAUGAGGCAAAUCCAGCAGUAUUUCGAAUCGAAAUUAGCUCUACUGGAAGAUUCUCAGCAAUGGCAGAGACUUUGGUUCUGAGGAUUCCUGGAAACUGUUCCCUUCUAGGAGAUACCAAACUUACUAAGAAGGAUUUGGGCCUAGGUCAUGCACCACAACCCUGCAGUACAGCAGCAAUCUAUCCCAACACCAACCUGGGACAUAGGCAACAUUGCUCCAUUCCACAUUGCAAAUCCUGAUACCGCAAACAGGACAUGGCUGUCAUCUGAGCUGCUGUGUAUUGGCAUUUGUAACUUUUCUCCUAAGACUUGCUUAGAGCACGUUUUUUAUGUUUUCAUUUACUGAUUUUCAGACUUUGAAUUUACUAUUGAUUUAUUGCUAACUUGUAAGUACUUAUUAUACCUUGCACAAUUUCCGCUGUGGGCUUACAUUGCCCGUUUCUCCUACUGGAGACUUAAUUACACCGCAUAGCGAUAAUAUUUAAUGUUUUAUAGCCGCAUAGUUGAGGUGCCAUACUUCACUUGCAGCAAUGCAAUUGUGUUCCCUAGACUUAGCUCUCAGACAGUCUAAUAACUUCCUGUCUGCCAUUGGCUACAUAUAGCAAAUAGGCCCUGUGAUGUAAUGGAUUACAUUUUGACAUCACAGUACACUGCUGUCAGUUUAUUUUUUUCUUUGUUUUUUUUCACAGUGCCUAUAGUUGAACAUAAAGCAAAGAGUAUACUUUUAUUUCACUAAAAUGCCUCCUCCCGCGUGUUGUGUAUCUGUCUCUAUACAACCUGAUAUCUUGUAUUGUGAUAUGUUAUUUUAUUGCUUAUUCAUGUGGAUGGAGAUAUAAAUAAAUAUAUAUAUAUAUAUUUAAAUUACACCAUUAAAGACUUGGGGGUAAUUACAGAGGUCACAUUAUUAUUUGAACUUCUACACAUUGAUCGGAGUUGCAAGGAUUAGGGAGGAACCACUCCUCUCUAUUUUAUGAAUACAUGACACUCCAUGACAAAAAUAGUUUAGACCUAAAUUCUAAAGAGUAUCGAGGUAGAUGGCAGCAGCAAUUUACCAAGGGAUUUUGGGGAGCUUAUAUAGUACCAUAUGCACCCACUAAUUAUAUCACUGCUAAGGUGACCGGGAAAUUAUAAUUUAUUUGAGAAAACUGCCACUCAUCCAUUUUCUGACAAAAUCCUACAGGCAGAGCUGGAUUAAGGUCACCCAGGAUACUAAGCAGGGGGCCAGGUUUGGGCCCCUUCUAGAGCCCUGGGCUCUGUUUCUGUGAAAGCUGUGUGUGUGUGUUAUGUUGUGUGUGUAUAUAGUGUCUGAGUUUGUGUGUUUGCCCCCAUCUCAUUUAGCUUUCCAUGUUGGUCCACUGAAGAGCCUUCUCUGAUAGUUUGAUGGGGGAGCAAUGUGGUUUGCACCAGUGAUGGAACCAACGUAGAGAGGGCCCUGAUGCAAGAAUGGCCCAAAGGUAGAUCCCCACUUGUCAUACAAUACUUUGACAGCUGGAGUUCUACCAUUUUCCCAUGUUUGCAGAGUUGUAUUCAGCACUGAGUAGUAUUUGUGUAUUUAAUAGUAAGGAUGUUUUUGUAUGUAGUAUGUUUGUGUGAAUUUGUGUGUAGUGUAGUUUUUGAAUGCAGUGGGGUGUUUAUAUAUAAUUUUGUUUUUUUAAUACAGAGGUGUGUUUGUAUGUAGUACUGACAUUUAAAUGCAGGGGUUUGUAUGUGUGUAGUGUUGGCAUUUGAAUGCUGAAAUGUAUGCACAUAUACACAUACAUUGACAUACAUACACAGGCACACACACAAUGAAACACAUGCAGAUACAAAGAUAUACACACUGACACACAGAUGUAUACACACUGACACACAUGCAGAUAUACAUACACACAUAUACACACACUGACACACAGAUAUCCAGUCACACAUACUGACAACACGUACACACACUGAAACAGACACAGAUACACAAAUACACAUAGAAAGACACAUAGAUGCUAACACAUGCAGAUACACACACGGACACACAUGCAGAUAUACAUACACACACACAUACACAGAUAAACACUCGGACAGACAUACAGAUAGACACACACACAGAUACAAGAACUGACACACAUAGACACACUGACACACCAACAUAUACACACUGACAUACAGAUACACACACACACACACACACACACACACAAACACACACUGAUUCAGAGACACAUACACUGACAUACAUACAGAUACACACACUGAUACACAGACACACUGACAGACAUUGACUAAUUAUUUUACUGCGCAGGUGACAGGGAAAGUGUAAUUUAUUUGAGAAAACACACUGACUGACACACACUGACAUACAGAUACAUGGACACACACUGACAUAAUGCAGAUACUUUCUACUUUCUUCUUUGCAUGUGAAUUCAAAGUAAACUUCUAAUUAGGCCAAAAUAGCAGAAAUGAAAACACAGCAGUCUUAAAGAAUAUGGCUUAUUUAGACCUUAAUUGUAACAUUCACUUUCAAUACACACUGAAUUUUUGACUAUUCACACUUUAGUAAAUAACCCUGUUGUAGUUAUAUGACAUGGUCUUCAGGUAAUUAAAUUAAAGUAAUUUCAUUCUCCAAUGACUUGUUGCAAGUAACAGCUGUGAGCCAUGUAUAUAUAUAUAUAUAAAUCACAAAUCUGUCUAAAUCUGUGUUAGAGUGGCCUUUCAUUAUGGCCAGACUAAGGCACACCAGUGCAAUAGUCAUGCUUUCUAAUUAGCAUCUUGAUAUGCCACACCUGUGAGGUGGAUGGAUUAUCUUGGCAAAGGAGAAGUGCUCACUAACACAGAUUUAGACAGAUUUGUGAACAAUAUUUGAGAGAAAUAGGCCUUUUGUGUACAUAGAAAAAGUCUUAGAUCUUUGAGUUCAGCUCAUGAAAAAUGGGGGCAAAAACAAAAGUGCUGCGUUUAUAAUUUUGUUCAGUGUAUAUAUAUUUAUAUAUAGUGCAUUCAAAAUGUUUUUAGACACCUUUAUUUUACCAAUUUUAUGUUGCAGCCUUAUGCUACAAUUGCUUAAAUGUUAUAAUUUUGUAUAUAUCAAUCUACACUCUAUACCCUAUAAUGCCACAGAAAAAAACAACAGAUUUUUGACACCAUUGUAAAUAUACUAAACAGACAUACAUGCAAGAGCACAUUGACAUAUAUGUAAGGUAUUUAGUUGAAACACCUUGCAGUGAUUACUGUCUCAAGUUUUUUCGGAUAUAAUACAACAAGCUUUGCACACCUAGAGUUCAAAUCCAGGAUCUGGCUGGGCCACUUAAGAACAUUGACUGAGUUGUCCACAAGCCCUUCUUGUGUUGUCAUGACUGCAUGUUUAGGGUCAUUGUCCUUUUGGAAGUUGAACCUUCAGCCCAGUCUGAGGUCCUGAGGGCUCUGGACCAGGUUUUCAUUAAGGAUAUUUUUGUAUUUUUCUUUAUUUUACUUCUUUCAUAUUUUCAUCUACCGUGACCAGUCUCCAAGUAACUACUGCUAAAAAAAAAAAAACAACCUCAAAACAUGAUGCUACAACCACCAUGCUUUACCGUUGGCAUGUCAUUGUGCAGGUGAUGAGCAGUGCAUGGAUUCCUUCAGACAUGAUGCUUUGAAUUUGAAACCAAACAGUUCAAUCUUCAUUUCAUCAGUCCAGAAGCUUUAUUUUUAAAAACAAAUUUAAAGCAGAUUUUCAUAGGUCUUGCAGUGAAGAGAGGCUUCCAUCUGUCAAGUCUGCCAUAAAGGCCAGAUCGAUAGAAUUUGUAGUGAUGGUUGUCCUCUAAGCGUCUCCCAUCUCUGCACACGAUCUGGAGCUCACCUAAAGUGACCAUCAGAUUCUUGGUUAUCUCUCAUGUCUAUUCCUUUCUCCUCCAAUUGCUUAAUUUGUCCGGAUGGUCAGCUCUAGGAAAAGUGCUGUGUGUUUCAAACUUCUUCCAUUUAAAGAUUAUGGUGGCCAAUAUGGCAACCUUUAAUGCAGCAGAAUUCUUUUUUUGUAGUCUCUAUGCAAUUCUGUCUCCUGUCUUCAUUUGACCUUCUGGCUUGGUUUUUGGUCUGAUAUGCAUUUACAGCUGUGAGAGCUUAUAUAGACAGGCGUCUGCCUUUUUAAAUCACGUAAUCAAUUGAAUUAGCCACAUGUGGACUCAAAUCAAAGUGUAGAAACAUUUCAAAGAUUAUCCAGAGAACAGGUUGCAUCUCAAUAGCAAAAAGUCUGAAUACUUAUGCCAUAUUUCAGUACCAUUUCAGUUUGUUUUUCUUUAAAUAAAUUUGCAAAGUUUUAAUUAAAGUUUUUAAGUUUUUAAAAAUCAGUUUUUUUUGCUUUGUUAUCAUGGAGUAGAUUGAUGUGAACAAAAAUAAUUUUGGCAAUUUUAGCAUAUGGCUGCAUCAUAAAUUUUUUUUAAAAAAUAAAUAAUUUUUUUAAAAAGUGGUCAAAAUACUUUCUGAAUAAAAUUAGUUUCACAUAUUUUAAGGAGGAUCUACUAAGAAUACAUAAACAACCCAAACAUGCUGAUAAGUCUAGUGAAAAUCACAUAAUAAAAUUUAAAAAAUAAUUUCCUACUUACUAUUGCUGGAGGUUCUAAAAAUGAGAGCUUCACUAGAAAGAGCUAUUUAUACUCCUAUCCAGGGAGCUCUUCUAACUCUGUGAUUGGCAGGUUUUAAGAUAACAGUUCUUGCCUGGGCUUGUCUUGCAGACAUAUCACUAGCUAAGUUGAAAAGCUCAUCAGAAAUUUACAUACAUCCAGCAAUGUUAUCAAUGAAGGUCCAAUGCACGCCUUUUUGGUUGACAUUUGGUCUCAUCCUGUCCAUUCACCUUCUUAUUACGAAGUAUCUGUUAUUGCUUUCUACCCACAAAUACAGAAUUGUUUCCCAUUGUACAGCACUACAGAAUGCUGGCACUUUAUAAAUAAUAAAUAAUAAUUAUUGUUCAUGUCGGUGCUGUCGGUGCAUGUGUGGGAUAGGGAAUUAUCUGCAAACAGUCUGUCAUAAAUUAAAGGAAAACUCCAAACAUAUAAAUUAUUUUAUGGAACUGGAGUCUGUCAAUUUUUUGCAGUUUAAAAAAAGUGCUGAUUUCAAUAGAAAUUAAUAGACUUAGUUGUUCAUUUUAGGACAAAUACAGUUCCGUCUGAAUUCUCGUCAAAUCGUCCAUUCUUCUGCAAGACAAAUAAACUAAUUAAACAAAACCAUUGCUUGUUGGACAAAAUCCAUGUAAUUUGUUAAUUUGUUUUUUUACAAGGAGGGAGCUACUGCCUCCCUCCUUGUAAUUUGAAUAUUUAAAAAUAGAAGAGGUGGGGAGGUCUUCUCCCCACCUCUUCCUAAAUCUCCCCAUGACCCCCCUCACCCAAUGAUGCUGGAGAGGGAGUUUAACUAAAUUAAGUUUGUGUGGGUCAUAUGAACUUCGUAUUAGUAUAAGGGAGGUUAAAGCCUUCCUGUUGCUACUCGCCAUGCCGCCAUGUAGGGGCAUGUCUAUUAAACUGUGAGAAGCCAGUAGCUCCUCUCUGUCAUAAAAGACUAGCAACUAGGCAGCUAACCUUUUACUUCCUAAUUGCUAAUUAAAUAAAAGGGGGAAUCGCAAGGUGGGGCAGCUAAAAAAAUUAUAAAAUGGGGGGAGAUAGUGUCCACCCCAUGCCCCCACCUAUAGCAUUCAGGGGAAGGCUAUUAAAUAAAAUGAACGGGGAGAUCUGCUGUUAUUUUUUUUAUUUUUUUUUAUUUAUUUUUUAUGCAUGCAUGAUUUUUCAGGGUAUAUCUGCUAACUAGUGAAAAAAGUUUUUUUGUGAAUGGAAUGUACUUCAAUCCAACAAAAUCAACCAGAAACACACACAAUCCUGAUUAAUCAAUACACAAUUGGCACAAAUGACGGUACUUACCUGUCCCUGAGUGCUCUCAGUGUCCACAUGGCUGAUCCUUUGAUGGCAGGACAGCUGCACCAUCGAUCUAAGACGGCAACCUCCAUGCAGGGCUUCCCCUGGAAAUGCCUGAGGAACCCAGAGCAGUGGUGGAUGUGGUUGUGGAACAGAAGCGACACCGAAACAUCCAAGAUGACGCUACCUCCCUGGCCCUGAUUUAUGGAUGUCACUUGGAGCCCACCUAUACGUAAGAAUGUGUCAUGUGACCCUACUAGCCUAUAAAACCCAAGCGCACACCCCAACAGUUCCUUGGCUAUUUAGCAACUUGCUGUGACUCCUGGCAAUACCUGCUCUGUUCCUGUUGUCCUAUUAUUUCUUACUCCUGUUUUUUCCCUCGUGAUUGUCUUUCUUGUUAUACUGACUUUGGCUUGUUUCGGACUUCACUGCCAGCCCUGACUUAUGGACCCCCUGACUUUGUCUCGCCCCUUAUCGGAUACCCUAUUCUUCAAUAAAGCCCCCGUGCCACCGCCACCACAUCCAGGUCACUCCUGAGGGUCAAUUGCAAUUGCUUCAGACCUGAGGAAGAGAGGAAACCUCUUGAAAGCUUGUCUUUGAAAUGUUAUGUUAGUCCAAUAAAAAAGGUAUCAUUACAUACUGCAAUACUCUGGUAUUUUGGCAUCUUGUCUACUGGACUAAUACGGCUAAUCCAAUCUACACUAUAUACUUAUAUGUAUUUAUUUUUAUUUUUUAUUUCAUAGUCAGAGUUUUUUUAAUGGAAAUAACAGUAAUUCAUAGUUAAAUAUUUCAUCCCUAAAUACUGUUAUAUUUAAUGUAUGUGUAUUACCAAUAUUCUGUAAAAACAUGAAGAAUGUAGUAAUUUAAAUCAAUAUUAUCCUGGAAUAAAAUGUGUAAAAAGAUGGUAUUUGUACGUUGUGGCUAUUGAAAUGUUUAUUUUCUAACUGGUGAGCUCAUAUGUUACCGUGGUUGCCGUAUCUCUGAGGAUUUCAUUAUUAAUUAUACCUUGUUGUUAUUACUGUGUAGUAACAUUUGACUAUUUCUACAAAGCCUCCAAUCUCUGUUCACAGCCUGAAAGAGACGUUGUGAAUUUAGAUGUCAGUGGAAAGUGUUGUGAGAGUUUUUGUAAACUGUUGACAAAAGACAACUGUGACGAAUGAAUGACUUUAAAGUGUUUACAAUCCCUUUCAUAUGAGGAGACUUAGUGGAGACUCCGAGCUACUUAAGUCUUCAUUUGGCUGGCACUAGUGGUUUUUGCCUACAACUCAAGCUGAGCAAGUAAAUGAAUUCAAAAGAUGAACCCAGCUUGAGGGAUAAUUUAGUAUUUAAAACAGCCCUUUGAAGUGGCCCUCAAACACAACCCCUGACACAUUUAAAUGGUAAAAUUCAAUUAGUUAAGGUUUUUUGACACCACUUUUGUGUUGUAUUAAGAUUGAAAUCUAAGCAGCCUCUUGUAGCUAUGCUUUCAAUAUAACUGUUAGAUCUGUCUCCCAUGAGGAUAUAAAAGUCUAUGUCAAAAAUGAAGUUCCAUUCAGUAUCUUACAAGCAACACAGGCACUAAGACCAUGGAUCAACUAUUUCUACUACUCCUAUAUGUCUGCAGCUUGCUCUGCUCUCUCUGUACUGCAUGUAAGUACACCUCUAAUAAACUGUGUGUUUUUAUGAAGCUUUUUAAAGUGUGUACCCUGUACAUAUUAGUUGUUAUUGUACCUUUAAAUUACAUUCUUGGACCCAGUACUUUGUUUUUGCCGAAUUAUCUUUAUAAACUAGUGCUUUGUGUAAAAUCCAAUCUAAUCAAAAUAUGCUUUCUUUUUUAAAAAAAAUAAAUAGAUGAUGGGGCUGUCAACAAGCAAAGUGAAAAAAGGAACUUAUUUGCAGAGAGAGGCUGCUGUAAAAGACAGAGCAAUUUUAUUUACAUUGGUCAAGGUGAGUUUGUAGCAAAUUGUGAAGAAUUUUGUGCUAAGGAAUUAUUGAUAUAACAAGAAAUGUUUGUCAAAGUCCUUGCGAUGUGCACAUUUGUUCCGACACUCCACUACAUAAACUUUAGGUUGAUUCAACAUAAAUUCUCAAAGAAUUUAAAUCAAAUAUUAGAUGUAUGAGAAAAAUAUCUAGCAGUUUAAUUCUAUAUCAAAUUUGCAUCUGAAGUAAAAAAAAAAUUAUCUUGUUACAUUUAGUCUAAAAAAAUAACUUAUCCAUUCAUGCAUGUUUGUUACCGCUGUUGAUCUGUUGUAUUUAUUUGUGUUAUUUUAUAGAUAUAUCUGGCGGCCCAGUAAGUGUGGAUGUUGGGCUCUGCAGAUCUCAUUGUGGUGGUCCUCAAAGAGUAAAUUCAUACAACCAUGGUGUUCCAAAACAUUCUUCUAUGUUGGAUUUUAUAAGAAGCAAGAAGGUAAAUACAAUGUUUAAUAAGAAAAAAUUAUGUUUAUUUGAAUAUCGGAUUAUAUUUCAAUGGAUUAGCCAUCUUUUUCUAUUCCUCUUCUCAUUUGUUACUGCAUUAAUACAAUCCACUGGGUAUUUUUUACAACGUACCAGUAAUAAAUGUUGAGGUGUUGCAUGGGUGAUGUCUUUAUUUUCCAAUAUACUACCUUAUUAAUCAUUUAUGCCACUUCUAAUUGUUUUAUCCUUCAUGGACUUCACGUUUAGAAGUAAAAAAGAUUUAUACCUUGUUAGGCAACUAAAAUAUGUAGCCUCAUUUAAAAGUUGUGAAACAUAACCCAGACUUAUCAAAUGGGAUGGAUUAAAAUGUAAUCGACAGCUAACAGGAACUCAUGGGAGUCCUCUAAGCGUUCUAGUGACAGCACUAUUAAUUAACAGGGUAAUUCAAUAAAGUGAGAAUUCAAAUGUAUGUCUUGAGUAUUCAAACUGAAAGCAUAGAGGAUUUUUUACAUUUUAAAUUCACUUCGAAUUCUCACCUAAGUGAAUAACGCUGUUAGUAUUCCUCUUUCAAAAAUAGUUAUAUUCUCUUAGGAACAAUGUCGCUGAUAGUUUGUCAUAAAUAAAUGUAUAACUUAAAGAAUUAAUAACUGUAUAUUUUUUAUUAUAGCAACACAUCAGAUUUUUACAUGACCAGUUUACAAUGUAUGUUAACUCCCUGAUUGUUUGCAGGUACGAGAUAAAAUUCCAGAUGCUUCAAACCCACCAGGAUCAGAGCCUUCAUGUCCAAAAGCAUCUAGCUGCCAACCAACAAAAGUUGGGAUAGAAAGAGUACUGUUGUAUGAAGGAAUUCAAGAGGUAGAGGUUAUAGAAGACUGUCAGUGCAACCUGGUACCAGAAGAAUGUAUCAGAAUGCCUUAUCUUAAGACCUUCUUUCCAGAGACACCUUUGGAGACAACAGUAGAUGUUGGUAAAUGUUCAGAUCCUCAAGACUCUACAGGUAAAUACUUUCUACAAUAUGCAUAUACAGGAAUCAUUACAUAUGUUUUUUUUGUUUAAAACAGUGACGAUAUAGUAACGCUUAACUCAAUUUUAUGUAAGAUAUCAAUUUCUGAAAAGACGUUGUUUGAUUAGAGUUUGAUCAUCGGGCAAAAGGGGUAGAUUGUUGCUCGUCAAACGUAAAGAUUGAUUUUCUAGUAUUUAAUUGGAAAAUCAAUCCAAGUUUUAGAUGGUCUUAAAUUAAACUAUGAAUAUUUGAAAUUAAUUUAGUAAGUUAUACCUCAAUUAUACCAUAUCUUUACCAAGUAAUGGAAGAGAUAACUGUGGUUCUGCUUGACAUGACAUUUCUUCAUUUUAUUUUUGUUUUCUAAUUAACUUAAUGCCAUUCUACAGUUUCUUUUGGAAAGGAAACUGAAUAUUGUCACUGAUUACCUGGAAAUAUAAAUGCAUGUUCAUGUUUAUCAAAUGGAAAAAGUUAAUUAUUUCCAAUUCCUUUUGUAGGUCUCAUUUGUUCUCCGACUAAAUUUGACUCAGUGAUUGUUGAAAGCCCAAAUGGAGCCGAAGUUGUGAAAACUGUGGAAAACUGUGAAAUGAAAGAAAAAUGUUAUAGAGUUAGCUAUCUAGAAUAUCACUAUGAAAUAAUAUACAACCCAAAAGGUGUCAAAGAAGAGAGGCUUAAGGUAAACUGUGACAAAUGUGUGAAAUGUUUUUUUUUUCUGUUUUUAAAUAUAUAUUUUAUUGCAAAACUACAAAAGUAUGCAGUCUGAAAAAUGCAAUGUUACAAAAGUAUAAUGCAAAGCUACAAAAGUAUGCAGGUCAAUGUGUACAUCAUUACCAGGGUUAGUUUUAGAUUGUAGUUUGGAAGAAUUGUUGUCACUUUUUACUAUACCAUUGUAAAAAUGACAGGGUUAUUCACUUAAGUCCAAAUUUUAGCAAGUUAAAAUUAAUGAGCAAAAUUGGGGCUAAAAGCUACAACUGUAGCUCAGUUGUAGAAUUUCCCCAAAUCUCCUUAGUAAGUCAUUUUCAAAUAAUUAUUAUUAAACAUUUUUAAAUAAUUUUUUUGAACAAAGACAAUAACUAAGGAAAAAGGAUAAACAAUGAAAAGCGAAGGAGGGGAAACAAUUCCUCAUCCACUAAAAUGUAAUUUGCUAAAACCCUGUAAGUUUUUUAAUUUUUUUGGUUAAACCACGUCCCACAGACAGUCCUAUGUGCCAAAGGCAACAUUUCAACUGGGCAAAUAGGGACACUUUAAUUCUAGUGUUGUGUCAGUGGGGUUGUGCACAUGGUAGGGUCUAUUCUUAGAAAUAUUAGGUGACUUACUAAUAAUAAUGAAUGUGACUAAAAUGUAAUUGAAAAUGAGGAUAAUGCACCUUUUUUACAUAGACUGAUUUCUAAACAAAUUUAUUCCAGUUUAAUGACACAUCACUUUUGGUAUUAUUACUGUGAAGCUGUUAUACUGUCAGACACACCAACAAUAUGGAGCUCUUAGAAAGAAAAGGGUGACAUUAGGAUAGAAAAGAAGGACAGAGUGAUUUGGGCCAAAAAAUAGGGACUUUCCCUCCUAAAUAGGGAAAGUUGGGAGCUAUGGCAAAUACCAUAACAUUUAAAACUGUAAAAAGCUGCAAGAGGCAUAAUGUUGCAGUACAUUCAAAUGUUUAACGGGAUCCUCCAGUGCCAGGAAAACAAACCCGUUUUCCUGGCACUAGAGAAUACUGGAGUGCCCCUCUCCCUCCCGCCCCCCAUCCCACAUCGCUGAAGAGGUUAAAACCCCUUCAGUCACUUGCCUGAAUCCAUCGCAGAUGUCCCUCGGCGCUGGGUCAGGCUCCGCGCAUGCUCCUGGUAGAUAGCCUGGUAGAUAGCCACUACAGGAGGACUUAACCCUAGCAGGUAAAAACUGCCAUAUUUACACUUGCAGGGUUAAGGGUGAUAGGAGUUGGCACCCAGACCUCUUCAAUGGGCUGAAGUGGUCUGGGUGCCUACAGUGUCCCUUUAAUAUUAUGUGUAAAGAGUUACUAUUUUAUUCCAAAAAGCUCCGUCUUUACAUUUGUUUUAUUCCAGCCAGCUUUAUAUGUUUGCAUAUUAUUAUUAUUAUUAUUGGUAUUUAGCGCCAGCUAGCACCAUCUUAUUCUGCAGCGCUUUACAAUAAGAGGGGAAUUUACCAAAUGAGACAAUAACUAAAUGUAAUAGGAACAAUAGGUAGUUGAGGACCCUGCUCAAUCGAGCAUAUUAGAAAUACUGCAUGCCACAUUCAAUGGCUUGAAACAGUGCUGCACUGAAUCAAUGUUUUAGAAAGUUAAAGUGGAUAAAAGGGAUAAACAUUAACAAAUAUGUAAAAAAAAUAAAAAAAAAUAAAACAGUGAUGGAGAUAUAUAAACAUUUUAUGUUGUAAAAAGUAAUGUGAAGUUCUAAAGGUGAGACAAUCACCAUGGGAGCCAGCAUACACAUUCAUUCAAUUGAUGAUUUCUCCCCUUUUACAUUUUUGCUUUACUUUUUAGAACAGAACACUGUUGUGAAAACAAAUGCCAAAAGCCUGAAAGCAUUAAAACGUAAAAACCAUCCGAAACUCAGAUCCCUAGUGCAGCUCUGCACUUCUGAGUAUUUCAUAAAUCUAUAAUUUUUAUGAAAUACUCAUGCUGGCUGUGUUGGAACUUCAUUUAAAUUACUAUGCAUUCCAAAGAUACUAUAAGACAAAGUAGAAACAAAUGGAUCUGUGGAGGCUCCCACACAAAUACCGAAAAAUAACAGAGACCCUUUAAUGUUGGAUAAUCGUACAGUUUAAUGAAUAGAUCAGGAGACUUUUGUCAUUUGACAGAUCAUGUUUCUAAACCUGUAUUGCAUGGAUGUCUCUCGAAAUGCAAUACAGGAACCUCUAAUCACAGGGAAGUACUGGGACACACAGAUCCUAGUCUGCCAUGAUUAGUGAGAGUUACAAUCCUAAUGUAUGCUGGACAAGGGGCUGAGUAGACAGAAACAAUUGUCUCCCUAACGUCUCCCUUAGUCUGCAUCACUAGUAGGACAGGCACUACAAGUCUUAGUGCUGCCCUAAGAUUAAAGGAGCCCUAACAUUAACUAAUAAUCUAAUUUAAAAUGUACUUAAUGGGGUUCUCGAGAUAUUUGGUCAUGUGGUUUAUUUAAUAGUGUUAUUUUCCAGUAACACACUGUACACUCUUAUAUGUCCUCUAUAUGUUCUUCCUCAUAUGAUAUUGUAGAAUAUUAUAAGUGUACCAGUACCUGGCUUAUUCAGGUUCCAAAUUGCAGAAGUAGAACAUUUCCAUUCUAGUCUAGGUGAUGUUCUAGUCUAGUUCGUGUCUAUGUUAUGUUUGGUUUGGGAGAGUUUAGCUACUAUUUUAUCCAUUUGGUCAUCUCCGUCACCCAUACUUAUACCCAAAAAGUGAUCUCUGAGUCCUGUUUCCCUUCAUAUAAAAGUCAUGGGCAAUUCAUUUUCUAUAUUACAUUCACUUUGUUAAUGUUUAAUAACUAUAUGUGUUGCCAACGUGGGGGGUGAAUGAUCUAUCUGGUGUCUUAAUUUAAUUUUAGUCUGAAUUUGUUUAUUCAUCAACAAAUUCCACUGACCUAAAUACUUUGCUCUUUCAGAGUUGUUCUCAGAAUACAUGAAAUCUGAUUUAUUUUGUCUGUUAAAUAUUGUUUUGCUGUAUUCACAUAUAAUUCAUAGCAGUAUUUCUCAAGAUUAUUCCUGCCAAAUGCCUAUUUUAGCAUAUUUUUCACAAUUACACCUAGCAUCAUUUUUUUUCUUUGAAAUAAUGUGUUAGUAUGAUAAUGUGGAAGUAUGAACUUCUGCUUUGCAAUAUUAGUUCAGAGUAGAAACAAAGUGGGUCAUUCAUAACAGUUAGACAGUUGGCGAAUAUACUGCCGAAUGAUGCCAGGGGACGUCUGGUACCAUAACAGUGCCCUUUAAACUAUCAGAACGGUUUGUCACAAUACAAUCUGGAAGAGAAUUCUCUUUACUGACAUUAUACUUGUUAAAUCUAGUAAUUGUAUUAGUUACACAAUUCAUUUAAUGUAUUAAAUUAAAAUAAUCCAGUGAAUUAUCCAUAGCCAUGUGUUGCUCUCCACCCAAAGGUUUAACUUAGUGCAUACAAAGUUAGCACCUUAGGACACCCCUGCAUUAUAUUUGUUUUGUUCUGACCAGAUGUGUAUGUAGAAAUGUUGCAUGCAAACUAGUUUGUGUCUGUGCUGCCUUCUGCGUUUACAAUAGAAUUGAGGAUAUUGUGUGAAUUGCUUUGUUUUGUAAAUUUUCCAGGAAAUUGACGUGGGAAGGUGCUUAGGAAACUGUUCGUCAGGAAAUCAUUGUCUACUGAGGUAAGCACAGCUGUUUCUUUUCACUCUCCAAAUAUCUGAUAUCCUUUUUAACAGCUCUUGUGUGUUCCUUAAUGAUCAUGUGUUUGGACUACUACCUUCCACCAGAUCUAUAUAUUUUGUGUUCAAUAAUAAGCUUGUACCUAAACCUGAUGAACACGAUCAUUUACGUAUGUUUCCAAAUUUCUUCUAGGGAUUCUCGGAACAAAGAUCAAUGUAUAGUGUGGGCGGAAGCUUCUCGAAACGGAUGUGUCCCCGAAGAAUACGAUACACACACAUUCAGGAGCAGAAAUGGACAUAUACGAUCAGUGUUCGCAAUAAAGACUUGCAAAUGUGAGACGUAAAUACCGUGGUCUUGGUAAAAUGACUUGGACGUUUAGGAUUCUGUCAAAAAAAUACACCUCAUGAUUUUGACUUAUCUCUGUUUGGAGAAAUUAGCUGAAGAUGUCCAUUUAUGUGGUACUGAAGAAUGCUGAAAAACGUGGCACUUUACCUGCAGACGUGCCACUAAGCAAUGCAGGCCAUGUUGCACUAGUGACACUGAUAUUAGAAGUGACUCUGAAUGUCAUAAGCAUAAUGUCACCUGCUUAAAGAUUUAACUAGGAUGCAAUAGUCAAAUUGGAAAAAUUUGCCUAUCCAUCUAUUUGAUCAGGAAAUUGAACAUUUAAUAACUAAAAAGCCAACGUCAAUAAACCAGUGUCUUAGCAAAGUUAUUGGUGAUGCUGAGGAUUUUCAAAGUACAUUUGCAGGGUUAAGUACAUAUUAAUAGUAUGUAUUUCUUUUACCAAUGUGAUAAAUAAUGUGUAUAGAGUCUGCUCAACAGACUUUUUAUAGGAGAGGUGCCAUGUAGAAUUAUAUAGUAUAUUGCACAUUGUGCCGAAAGGCAGAGAGAUUGGACGCUUGUUAGUGGACAUUGAGGUUAAACCAUUUGUGAACAGCUUAACCCCUAAAGUUAAACCAGCAGCAGUGAUCUCUUGGCACCAUAACAACUUCAUUCCAAUGAAGUUGUUAUGGUGCCUGAGUGUUCAUUUAAGUUAUUGUUAUAGAGAAAAUGUAUAGUCUUGAUUUGCACAAACAACAUACGUAAGUGAGCAUAAUUUUUUUCCAUGUAAUUUUAGGUGGCACUUCCCCUUUAAUAGCUUAUCAUUUUAGAGUUAAUGUGAUUAAGUAUCAGUGUUUUGACUUCAGAACGUUAUGUAUUAUAGAAUAUUAUAUAUUUUGUUAAAGUUCAGUUUAUAAUUGAAUAUCUUUCUUUUGUUAGUUUGGCAAGAAAGUGUCUCAUGUGCUUACAGGAAAAUCAGUGAAAACAUCCUGGUUAAAUAAUUUGAUAUUAUUUAAUAUAAUUUAGCUGUACAGCUGAAUAUUUUUUGAACCUAGAUUUUGUUUAGGAUUUAGGUGGCUGAAGUCUGUCUCUUCUUAAACAUAUUAAUGAAGGUUUAUAAAUAUUCUUAGAGGUUUUUUCCUAUUCCGUAUAGGAGAUGUACAUUUGUAUAUAUAUUAAAAAAUUCAAC